UCCGAUAGAGGAAAAAGCUUGAAUUCGCUUAUCCGCGAUGAACUUUGGCGAACGUAACGUCGAAGCCGCCGUGAAAUUCCGGAAAGACCUUAGAGCACGGCGGGUUUCGAUUGACCUCUAGUAACAGGAUCAUCUGUCCUCUAAGAUACUUAACCCACAGCUAGCUAUGCGGAGCCGGUACGCUUUAUAGAGGCAUUCACACAUGACCACGAGCAGCUAGGGAGAUUGGUUCCACGCGCUGAGCUCCUCGACGUUCUCUCGAACGACCUUUUGUCGAUGUUUUUCGUGGAUGGCCGUUUGCAAAAAAUAAAUCUACCAGAAUCAAAGAAUAAAUCUUUCUACUUCGAACUUAAACCGUGUUAAACUGUGUCGCGAGCUUAAAAUGGUUAAGAACCACUGUUGCAGAGGCUUUCACACACGGGUCCGCGAGUCAGCGAUGGAGAUUGGUUCCAGGCGUUGAGCUCUCCGGAGUUCGCGCGCCGUUCGAGCGGCUCCGCGCGGUUCCAGGUCUGCCGUGGGAGUGAGCCCGAGCAGGUAGGAGCGAUUCGGUCGUUCCAGGUGCGAAAGAGAGAGGGAAGGUGCACCGCGAUCCGCGGGGCGAUGGGGGAAGGAAAGCCGCGAGAGCAGGAGUUCGUCGAAGGAAAAGGAGAGGGAGGGAGAGCCAGGGAAAAGAGAGAGGCAAGUCGACGAGAGAGCGAAGAGAAGGAUCGUCGACCAAUGAGACACCAGGCCGGCGAUGACGUCGCCGUUGUCUCACGUCGAAGUCUCACCAAAAGUCUUCGCCAGCCGCCAGUUCGUCCGCGGUCUCCCGGCUGGACGAGGAGUACGUCCUUUUCCACGACGUCUUCGCCGAGAGGUGGUUCAGUUUGUUUAUUUAUUUUUUCUUUCACGUUGUUGACCGACCAGCGAAACCAGCCAACAUUGGACUACGCAUACAAGCAGGCAUCGUGGCUGAAGGAGGCUGCUGUCAGCCAUGGGGACGGCCAAGAUGAAACAUCUUUGGCCGUUGGUGGCGUGGAUACUUCUAUCUCUGUGUCCAGCCGAAUCACUCAGGGGACUCGGCCGUGGAUCGAGGAGAGAAGUGUUCUUCCUGAACCUCGAAGACGGCUACUUCGGCUGCCAGGUGAACGAGUCGACGGACGUUCUGCAGCUCUUGGAGCUGUCCAAGCUGUGUGAUGGCAACGUCGACUGUUUCCAGGGCACGGACGAGCAACGCGACAAAUUGAAGUGCACAGAUGACUGUACAAAAGAGGACGGGACCAGAUGCUUCAACGGCGUUUGCUUGGAUUCCGUUUGUCAUUGCAACGACGGUUUUGGUGGUUGCAACUGUCAAGUGCCAGAUGAAAACGAGUGCAAGUACCGCCCCUGUGAUAUAUUCGCGCAUUGCACGAAUACCCUAGGUAGCUUUCAAUGUUCCUGUUUCCCUGGCUACCGAGGCGACGGCUUCUACUGCGAGGACAUCAACGAGUGCGAUAACCCAGCGUUCGCCGCGAGAUGCGUGGAGAACGCGGAGUGCUGCAACCUCCCGUCCAACUUCCUGUGUAAGUGCAAGUCGGGUUACAUUGGCGACGGUGAGGUGCACUGCGAGGACGUAAACGAAUGCACGGUGCCUGGUGCGUGCGCGGAUAAUUCCAUCUGCCACAACAUCCCUGGCAAUUAUACUUGCGCGUGUCAAGAUGGCUUCACGGGAGACCCUUACGAAAGCUGCGUCGACAUAAACGAAUGCGAAUACGCUGGUGCUUGCGGGAGGGAUGCCCUGUGCGUGAACUUGCCCGGUGGCCACAAGUGCGAGUGUCCCGAGGGCUUUAACGGCAAUCCCGAGGAAGAAUGCGUGGACAUCGACGAGUGCGCUCGCAGCCCUUGCGGUCGUUCAGCUCACUGCACAAACGUGCACGGCAGUUUCCGCUGCUCAUGCCCGGAAGGAAUGAGCGGCGAUCCUUGGACGGGCUGUCACGAUGUAAACGAGUGCGAGGACGGCGCACCGUGCUCGGCGGACGCCGAUUGCGUGAACACAGAGGGUAGUUUCGAGUGCAGAUGCCGGGGUGGCUAUCAGAUGGAUCUGAAUCGCAAUUGCGUGGACGUGAACGAGUGCAGUAGGCCAGACGCGUGCGCUGAGAACGCUAAAUGCAUCAACGUCCCGGGAUCGUACAAGUGCAUCUGCCCCCAGGGUUUCAUCGGUCAAGGGCUAACAUUGUGCGAAAACGUGAACGAAUGCGAGGCAAACCCUUGCGGCGAGAACGCCGAGUGCAGCGACACGAUCGGCAGUUUUGCGUGCAGCUGCAAAGCGGACUACACGGGCGACCCGUUUAAGGGAUGCAGCGAUAUCGACGAAUGCACGGCGUUGGACAAUCCUUGCGGAAGGUACGCCAUCUGCAAGAACACGGAUCCUGGAUACACAUGCGACUGUCCGCCGGGGUACAGUGCCAACCCUAGUCCGAAAGUUGCAUGCGACCAGACCGACGUGACCACUCUGUGCAAAUCGAACUUCGACUGCGUGAACAACGCCGAGUGCAUCGAAGGCCAGUGCUUCUGCAAGAACGGGUUCAAGGCCGUUGGGGCUGAAUGCGUGGAUCUCGACGAGUGUCUCUCCAAUCCCUGCGGACCGGCGUCUAUCUGUACCAACUCUAGAGGAAGCUACCAUUGCGAGUGCGAAUCCGGUUUCGUUGGAACCCCGCCACACAUUCCCUGUAAAGCGCCAUGCGACGAAGUGACGUGCGGCGAGCACGCGUUCUGCAAAGCGGACGGCCACGAGGCUUACUGCAUAUGCGAAGAUGGCUGGACGUUCAAUCCCAACGACAUCGCGGCUGGUUGCGUUGAUAUAAACGAAUGCGACGCGGUAAACGGUCCUUCGGGACGUUGCGGCAAGAACGCGGUCUGCACGAACACCCUUGGCGGCUUUAGUUGCCAGUGCAAGCCUGGAUACUCUGGAAACGCCUUCAAGCAGUGCAUGGACGUGGACGAAUGCACGAGACACGACAUAUGCGGCCACGGUGCUACUUGCGCGAACACGGAGGGUUCUUACACGUGUACCUGUCCGGAAGGUACCAUACCGGAUCCUGAUCCAUCCAUCAAGUGCGUCGGUAUAGUUACCUGCGAGGUUGACGGCGAUUGUCCUGGAAAUGCCAUUUGCGACCCACAGAAACGCUGUCUGUGCCCUGAACCCAACGUUGGAAACGAUUGUAGACAUCCCUGCGAAGACCUGUCCUGCGGACCAAACGCUCACUGCAUGCUGUCCAACGACGUGGCGACGUGUCUCUGUCGCAACGGCUACACAGGAAAGCCUGGAGUGAAGGGCGGCUGCAGAGACAUCGACGAGUGCGUCAUCAAUCCGUGUCCUCAGGGCGCGAUUUGUAACAACGAGCCAGGCUCGUUCUCCUGUCAAUGUCCCAGCGGCACCACGGGAGAUCCUUACAACGGCGGAUGCCAAGAGUCGAAGGCCCCUCACGUCUGCGGGCCCAGCACCCCGUGUCCAGCCGGGGAACAGUGCAUCAAGGACGAGUUCGUCGGCAGCAGCGUAUGCAUCUGUCAACGGGGCUACACGCGCGACCACGAGACAGGCAAAUGCAGGGACAUCAACGAGUGCAUGGAGCUCAGGGAGAAGCCUGCGUGCGGGGUCAACGCCAUUUGCAAGAAUCUACCCGGUAGCUACGAGUGCCAGUGCCCGCCCGGGUUCAAUGGAAAUCCAUUCUCGCUAUGCGAAGAAUGCAACAGCAUCGAAUGCCAGUGUCAGCCUCCGUACAAGAUCGUGAAAGGCAAGUGUAUGUUGGCUGGCUGCUCCAAGGGUGAGAAGUGUCCAAGCGGAGCCGAGUGUAUAACGAUAGCAGGCGGAGUCAGCUACUGUGCUUGUCCCAAGGGCUACACUACCAAGACCGAUGGUUCUUGCGAGGACAUAAACGAAUGCAUCGUUGGACACCAAGUCUGCGGCUACGGAGCCGAGUGCUUGAACCAACCAGGCUCCUACCAAUGCGUCUGUCCACACGGCUAUGGCGGGGAUCCCUACAAUGGUCUCUGCUCUCCAGCGCAGAAAAGGUGCACCAACGAUAACGAGUGCAGAGCGAACGAGAAGUGCGUGCAACCGGGCGAAUGCGUUUGCCCACCACCGUUUUACUCGGACGCUCUCGAUGGGAACCUUUGCAAGAACCCUUGCGAUCGGUUCCCUUGCGGAAUGAACGCUAAAUGUACACCGAGCGAUCCACCGAGGUGCAUGUGCGAGGCUGGCUACGAAGGAGAUCCACAGCACGGUUGCGUGGACGUCAACGAGUGCGCGAACAACCCAUGCGGACACGGUGCCUACUGUAUCAACACCAAAGGCGACCACGUCUGCGAGUGUCCCAGAGGAACCGUCGGCGAUCCCUACGGUGCUGGUUGUACCGGCGGUGUCGCGAAAAACGAGUGUACCUCCAACGACGACUGCGAUAACAUAUUCGCCUGCAUCGGCGGUAGGUGCGCGAAUCCGUGCGAUAACAUACCCUGUGGUCCAAACGCGUACUGCGAGCCCGACAAACACGCUGCUUGGUGUCGAUGCGUGAUCGGAUUCGUCGAGGGCAAGAACAACGAAUGCGUUUCGCAGUGCGAUGGCUUCGUCUGCGGCUCGGGAGCUCAGUGUAUCGUGAGCUACAGCGGACCGACCUGCAAAUGCAUCGAGGGCUUCAUGGGCAAUCCGUUCCCUGGUGGACAAUGUCUACCCGACGUCUGUUCACCGGAAGUACCUUGCGCCGAGCCGAGCGUGUGCAUAAGUGGAAGGUGCAAGCGUCGCUGCGAGGGUAUAGUCUGCGGAGUAGGAGCCUCCUGCGAUCCAGCCACCAACAAAUGCGUCUGCAAUCCGUACUUCAUCGGGAACCCUGAUCUUCUUUGCAUGCCACCGAUACAACCUGCCAUCUGUAAUCCCGACUGCGGUACGAACGCCCACUGCGAGUACAGCCUGCAGGAGUCCAAGUGCGUCUGCAAUCCCGGAACAACUGGAAACCCGUACCUUGGCUGUGGCGUGCAGCAAAAGUCUGACUGCUCCACUGCAUUGUGCGGCAAAGACGCGCAUUGCAACGCUGGACCGAACGCCGUCGAGUGUCUGUGUCCUCCUGGAUACGCGGGGAAUCCGUACAUUCAAUGUUUCGAUAUCAACGAGUGCAACGGAAACGCAUGCGGCGGCAACGCAGUCUGCAUCAACACCAUCGGCAGCUACGACUGUCGCUGCAAGGACGGAUUCUUCGGCAAUCCUUUCAUCGGCUGUCAACAGGUGCAAAUAGGUCCGUGCACCGACCCUGCGAGUUGCACCUGCAGCGAGUCGGUGCCAUGUCCGUUCGACUACAGCUGCGUGCACGGCAAGUGUAUAAACCGUUGCAGCGACGUAAGAUGCGGUCCUCGAUCGGUCUGCCAAGACGGAGCCUGCGUCUGCCCGCCAGGCUACAGCGGGAAUCCCAAUGACCUCAGCAAAGGAUGCCACCUGCACGGUCACUGCUCCAACGACCUGGACUGCGAGCCUCAGCAGAUCUGCUUUCAAGUCGGCAAAGGCGUUCGUAAAUGCGUGGACGCGUGCAGCAAACUGCAGUGCGGUCCCAACGCGCUCUGCGUCGCCCAACAUCACGUCUCCUCUUGCCUGUGCAUCGACGGGUACCAAGGCAAUCCUACCAACCUGGUGGAAGGCUGUCAGCCUUCCAAGUCCGUGUUAACACCCGGCUGUACUCACGACUCCGACUGCCAGGAGGGCGCGUUCUGCCUCGUUCUCGACAGCGGAGCUCGCGAGUGCGUGAAUCCUUGCAGCAAAGUGGUCUGCGGCGCCCACCAGAAAUGCGAACCGGAUAUAAUCCCCGGUCACGCGACCUGCAAGUGUCAGGACGGAUACGAGUGGAACCCCAUACUAUCCUCCUGCGAGAAACCUUCUGUUCCUGACUGCAUUUCCGACGACGACUGCCAUACCACCGAGGCCUGCAGACCGGACGCCCUGGGCGUACUGAAAUGCGUACCCGUGUGCCGCAGCUUCACCUGCGCCAUUCAAUCUCAGUGCGUAGCUGAACGACAUCGUGGUCGCUGCGAGUGUCUGCCUGGAUUCGUCGGCAACCCUAACGAUCGCCAAGGUUGUCAAACGCCAAAGAAGGAUCACUGCUCCACCGACAGCGAGUGCCCAGAGGAUCAAACAUGCAGGAGUACGGAAGAGGGUUUGUUAACUUGUCAACCAGUCUGCAACUUUGUUUCCUGCGGACCCAACGCCCUCUGCGUCGUUCACAAUCACGUUGCUAACUGCGAGUGUCCACCUGGACUCUACGCUGGCGAUCCCAACGACGCUAUCAAAGGAUGCCGCACCGUUCCCUGCGUCUACAACAUCGACUGUCCACCUACUCAGCUCUGCAAUAGGCUCACUCACACCUGCUACGACGUCUGCGACGAGGACGCCUGCGGAACGAACGCUGUCUGCAUAGCCGACGACCACAGAGCGAUCUGCCAGUGUCCCCCUGGUCUUCGACCCAAUCCCGUGCCCGACGUGGAGUGCGUCGCCAUCGAAGCCUGCCAUCCUAAUCCUUGUCACGAGUCGGCGCUCUGCGUCCCGGGACCUUCGAACAACUACAUCUGUCAGUGUCCGGGAAAUUUCGUGGGCGAUCCUUAUUCCGCCGGUUGCCAACCGGAAGGAUAUUGUGCAAGCGGCAAGGACUGUCCUGCUCAUUCCAUUUGCCACAACCAUCGUUGCGUUAAUCCCUGCGAGGACACUUGCGGACCCAAUUCCAUUUGCGAAGUCAUCAAUGGACAACCGACUUGCAAGUGUAUUCACAACUUUGUGCCAUCUUCCAAGGGUCCACAGGACGGCUGCGUCCGCACGUUGAAUUACUGCACCGUUGACGCCGAUUGCGACGAAAGCGUAUGUCUCGAGGGACAGUGCAUAGCUGUUUGUCGUACGGCAACGGACUGCUCCGUUGGCGAAAAGUGUGUGAACAGCAGGUGCACCGUUCCGUGCGUCUCCCAUAGUCAAUGCCAACUCGAUCAGGCUUGCGUGAACGGAGGAUGCGUCCUGGGAUGUCGAAGCAACAAGAACUGCCCCACUACGCAGUCUUGUAUUAACAAUAAAUGCCAAGAUCCAUGCAGUAGGAAAGACGUCUGCGGUCCAAACGCUAUCUGCAGUUGCACCAAUCACGCGACAAUCUGUACCUGUCCGCUUGGCUUCCAUGGAAACCCAACGCCCCAACAGGGCUGCGUCAGAGUACCGAAUAUAUGCGACGGUGCUCAGGACUGCCCAAGUCAGCAUGUGUGCGUUUCCGGAUUCUGUCAGUGUCAAUGCAGCGAGCAGAACAACUGUGCCGAUGGAGAACGCUGCAAGAACGGCAUAUGCGUUAAGAUCUGUUACAGUGACAGCAACUGUUUGCCCGGUGAACUAUGCAUCGACGGACUGUGCGAGGUAGGUUGCACUUCCGAUGCAGGCUGCAAGGACCACGAGGUGUGCAUCAACAAUAAAUGCAGAUGUAGCCACGGAUUCAUCGCAGGACCGGAACAUUGCCUAGACAUCAACGAGUGCGACGAUCAGCCUUGCCAUUCGAGCGGAGAGUGCGUGAAUCUUCACGGAUCCUAUCGCUGCGUCUGUCCUCAGGGAACCGCCGGGGAUCCUGUGGGAUCAGGUUGCGUGAUACCUCAUCAGUGUACCGUGAACACGGAUUGCCCCGAUUCCCAGGCUUGCAUCCAACACAAUUGCACCGAUCCUUGCUCCUUGGGCGACUGUGGAUCGAACACAAUUUGUUCUGCCGUGGAUCAUUCGGCAGUCUGUCAGUGUCAACCUGGAUACAUCGGCGACGCUUCGGGAUGUUUCAGAGUGGAGUGCCUAUCCAACAACGACUGUCCCACGGACAAGUAUUGCAACCAGGACACCAACAAGUGCAGCAGUCCUUGCAAUCAAGUGAACUGUGGAUACGGCAAUUGCGUAGCUUUAGACCACGCAAGCGUGUGCAAAUGUUAUCCUGGUUUUCUUCUGGCAGGCGACAUUUGCGCCGACGUCAACGAGUGCCUGGAAAAUCCUUGUCAUUCCACCGCGGUUUGCCAAAACACGGAAGGCUCGUACACUUGCGUCUGUCCGCAUGGUUUGGUGGGAGAUCCUGUGAAAUCUGGCUGCAAGCAACCUGGCGACUGUUUCACGGACUCCGACUGUCCGAUCUCUGCCGCUUGCAUCGACAACACGUGCAGGAAUCCUUGCGAUGUAUCUCUUAUUUGCGGCAGGAACGCCGAGUGUUUUGUUCAAGGGCACGUUCCGCUUUGCAGGUGUCCCGGCCAGACCACUGGGAACCCAUCGUCCGAGUGCAUUCACUUGGAGUGCAACUACCACAGCGAUUGCAGUCCAUCGGAUGCAUGCUUCGAUCACAAGUGCGUCGAUCCUUGUUCCCUCUCGAACGUCUGCGGUCAGGGGGCCGAUUGCUCUCCGUUGAACCACAGCGCAGUGUGCACGUGUCAACCAGGUGGUACAGGUGAUCCAAAUCUAGGAUGCACACCUGUCCAGUACUGCAAGUCCGACUCCCAGUGCGCGACUGGGUCAGCUUGCAACGGUGGAAUAUGCACAGCGCUCUGUGGCAGCACAAGGGACUGCAUCGGCGAUCAGCUUUGCAUCAAUGGACUCUGUCAACCCACCUGCAAGACCAACUCCAGUUGCCCCGAGUACCAGUACUGUCUGAACAACAUCUGCGUCCAAGAACUGCGGUGUAUAUCCGACGACGAUUGCUCUUACGACGAGAGGUGCAUCAAGAACAACAUCGGGCAGGCGGAGUGUCGCAAGGCUUGCGACUUGGUCCUAUGCGGACGCAACGCUGAAUGCAGGGCGACCAAUCACGUCGCGGUGUGCUCUUGCGAAGGUGGAUUCUUCGGGAACCCCAAGGACGACAAGAUCGGUUGCCAGCCUAUCGAAUGCGAGAACAACGACAACUGUAGCGAGGAGAAAAUUUGCGACACCCACAAGUGCAGAAUCGCCUGUUUGGCCCACAAUCCUUGCGGCGUUAACGCUAUUUGCACGACGGAGAGACACGUUCAGGUAUGCACGUGUCAGCCAGGAUACACAGGAGAACCGACCCACGGAUGUCAGCUGAUCGAUUAUUGUUCGAACGAACCUUGCGCUCCUGGAGCUCUCUGCGAGAACUCCAGAGGCUCGUACAAGUGCCACUGUCAACAAGGCAUGGUCGGGGAUCCCUACAACAGCGGCUGUCAACCGCCUGUCGAGUGUCUUUUAGACGACGACUGUCCACAAUCUGCCAAGUGCAUAAACAUCAACAAUGUACCAAAGUGUUUCGAUGUAUGCUCGCGAACGCAAUGCGGACCAAACGCUGACUGCGUUGCUGCCAAUCACGCUGCAACGUGUCAGUGCAGGUCCGAUUACGAGGGCGAUCCAAACAAUUUGAGCGUGGGCUGUCGACCGAAACCAAUCGCUUGUUCGUCAGCCGUGGACUGCUCGUCCACUACCUACUGCUACGAGGGAAUCUGUCGACCGUCCUGCCAAUCGGACGAGGAAUGCAAUCUAUCGGACGUGUGCUUGAAUGCACAAUGCCUGGAUCCUUGCGACAUCCGAGCCGCGUGCGGAAUAAACGCCGACUGCAACGUGAGGAGUCACAUUAAACAGUGCAGCUGCCCACCUGGCUUUACUGGCAAUUCGGAAGUGGAAUGCGUGAGGCUGCCCGUGUCCUGCAGAGACAGCAUCGACUGCAGCGAAGGCAACACCUGCCGCGACAACGUCUGCCUUCCGAUAUGCGCCAGCGACAACGAGUGCGCCUUCAACGAGAAAUGCGUCCGCGGGAACUGUCUGCUCACCUGCAGACUAGACAACGACUGUUUCCUCGGUCACAUAUGCCUGCACAACAUGUGCACGUUCGGUUGUCGCGCCGACGAAGACUGCAACGCGAAUCAGGCCUGCAUCACCAACAAAUGCAUCGAUCCAUGCGAGGCAAUGCCUUGCGGACCGAACGCCAAGUGCACCGUGUUCAAUCAACGCGCCACCUGUUCGUGCCCCGCGGGAUUCAUACCGAAUCCGACCGCGAAGGUGGCUUGCCUGAGAUCGCCGGGGGUGGGAUGCCAAGCGAACAGGGAUUGCGGGGUUGGAACGGCUUGCAUCGGAGGCGUUUGCACGCCCGUUUGCUCGACGGACUUGAACUGUCUGAGCAACGAGCGCUGCGACUCGUCGGGCAUCUGCAAGUCGCUGUGCAGGAGAGACGAGGACUGCAGAAGCGGAGAGAUCUGCGAGGGACUCGUCUGCGCGAUCGGAUGCCGCGCGGAUGUCGAGUGCCAAGAAAAUUACGCUUGCUCGAACAACCAGUGCCAAGAUCCAUGCUCGUUACCCGACGCCUGCGGAGCAAACGCGAGGUGCUCCGUCGUGAAUCAUCAGAAGUUAUGCGCCUGUCCCGCGCCGCUAGCCGGAGACCCUCUAAUUGGAUGCAAACAGGCGUUCCUCCCCUGCACGACGGAACUGGACUGCCCAACUGGUCAAACUUGUUACGGGAGAUCCUGUUACGCGGCGUGUAGGAGCGACGCUAAUUGCCUGAGCGACGAGCGGUGCGACGGUGGUAUUUGCAAAGCGAUAUGCAACAGCGACGAUCAUUGCUCGGCGAAUCAGAUAUGCCUGAACAGGCUGUGCGACAUUGGCUGUCGCAGCGACAACACGUGCCCUAACGACGAAUCCUGCUUGAACAAUAAAUGCAGAAAUCCUUGCGAAGGCGGCAAGGCUUGCGGGGAAUGCGCUGGUUGUCGCGUGGUGAACCACGUCGCGCAAUGCAGUUGCCCAGCUAAUUACUAUGGCAACGCGUUGAUCACCUGCGUCAAGUCUAUGAUACCUUGCGACGGGUCCUGCGAGUGCGACGAGAUCGGCUUCUGCACGAAGAGCUGCUACAAUCAGGACCAGUGUUCCUGCGGAGAAGUCUGUCACGGUGGGAAAUGUCGCGUCAAGUGCGACAUCAACAAUACCUGUCCAAAGGGCUACGUUUGUGACGGAGGACUUUGCUUGAUCGGUUGCCGCACUCAUUCCGACUGUCCAUCAUCUUUAUCUUGCAUAAGCAACCAGUGCGAGGAUCCAUGCUCCGCGAAUGGCUCUCCCUGCGGGAUCAACGCUCUCUGUCGCGUAUCGAACCACCGCGCGGUGUGCCUCUGCCCAGAGGGCUUCCAAGGCGAACCGAGUCAAGAGUGCUACCAACUUGAGUGCCAUCGAGACGACGACUGCGAGGCGAACAAGCGUUGCAGCGAGGACGGAGUUUGCACGAAUCCUUGCCUGCAACACGGUGUCUGCGGCUUCAACGCCCAGUGCAGAGUGGUGAACAGAAAGGCCCAAUGCUCCUGCCCACCUGGACACUAUGGCAAUCCUAAGAUCAACUGCAAGAAAGGAGGAGAUCAGUGCCUGAGAAGACCUUGCGGCGUGAACGCCAAGUGCAGGGAGACCCUGAACGGAUUCGAGUGCACGUGCGAUCCCGGAUGCAACGGAGACCCGCAUCAGGCUUGCAUAUGCGACGGUGGUGAGCUCUGCAAGGACACUCAUUGCGGACUGAACGCUGCCUGCCGUAUAUACAACAAUCAGCCACAGUGUUACUGUCCGCCGAACUUCCCGUUCGGCGAUCCAAUGCUUGGUUGUAGCGUGGACAGGAGUCUAGGCGACUGUCGUACGAACGGUUGCGGGAAGGGCGCCGAAUGCAUAAGGGAUGGCACGAUAUUCGUCUGUCGGUGUCCACCCGGUACCAGCGGUUCGCCGGAUAUCGCGUGUACCACAGAGCGCGAAUGCACCAGUGACCUAGAGUGCCCCAAUGAAAAAGCCUGCAUAAACCUGCAAUGCGUGGACCCGUGCGGUCUGCGCGGCGCCUGUGGGAUCAACGCUCUCUGUCGUGUGGUUCUCCACAAGCCGCGGUGCUCUUGUCCGCAGUGCUAUAUCGGUAUGCCCCGCACGGCCUGUCAUUCAGAUCCCAAAUGCGACACGCUCAAUCCCAGACCUCCACCGAGCAUCGGUUGCUCAUCCGACUACGACUGCCCGGAGAGUCUUGCCUGUCACUCGCGUACCGGCGAGUGCCGUGACCCGUGCUUGAGCUCGCGGUACGCCUGCGAGGUGAACAAACGAUGCCAGGUGAGGAAUCACAGGCCCACGUGCGUGUGCAAAUACGGUUUCGUGGUGAACGAGAUCGGAGAACUGACAUGCGCCCCCGACACGUUGACGUGCACGAGGGACUUCGACUGUCCGUCGAACGCCGCCUGCGUGAACGGGAAAUGCCAGAAUCCGUGUAACGUCCGUAAGAAAAAGCCGUGCCCGGCCGAUAAAACCUGCGACGUCCUGGACCACCGUCCCGUCUGCAUAUGCACACAAAACUGCAAUCCCUCCCUCUCCAUUUGCCUGCGAGACAGUGGCUGCUCUCCAGACUUGGCGUGCCGCAACUAUCGCUGCGUGGACCCAUGCAGAAACUCCACCUGUCCGGCUGAUGCCCCCUGUUACGUGGAGGAGCACAAGCCUAUCUGCAAGUUCUGUCCCCCCGGCUUUGUGCCAGAUACUAAAUACGGAUGCAUGGAAGCAGUUCACCACUACACGACCGACUAUCUAUGCGAGUCCGACGGCGACUGCAACGACACAGAAGCCUGUGUCGAAGGUUCCUGCGUUGAUCCUUGCGUCAACCAGUGUCAGUCGGCAGUUCGGUGUCGGGUUAAAGCACACAGGCCAGUUUGCGUUUGCGACGAUCGCGACGAUCGUUGCGUAGACACAGUCACUAACCCAGAGUACUCUACAGUUGACAUUCAGACAGCCACACUUCCGACGAGUACGCAAUCGAGUACUCUGUCGUACACAUCUUCUACUAUCGAGGAGGGAACUUGGAGUGAUUUCGUUACCCAAACCUCGGAAACUCCUGUUGUCGAAGAAACAACCCUUACGUCCGUGGAAAGCACAUCAACCUUAGCAACCACAGCUGUCACCGAAUCUUCUGAAAGUAGUACUGUCGAGCUAGACAUUACAACACUUGGUGAUAGAUCCUCCAGUACGAUUUCUUUCGAGGUAUCUACCGUUAAGGAUAUUCCAGCUGAAAGCACGGGUGCUGUUUCGACAGUUGGAGGUCUUGAAUUUACCACUUCUGAGUUGUUUGAAACAACUACCACUCCUUAUGUUGUCACUACGCAACAUGUUACCGAUUCGACGAUAUAUGAAUCUAGUAGCACCAUCCAAAUUCCUGUAACAAACAAAUCGGAAAAUGUUGAAAUAGUCACCCCAAUUACGCGUGCGACUUCCACAAAUAAAGAAGGUGUUGUUAUAGUAACACCUGUGUCGACAGGCGAUUAUAGUACGGAAAUACCAACGGUGCUUACAGAAUCUCCAGACACGACUAGUAGAAAUCUUUCUACUGAAAGUUCUGUACUCGAAGAAAGUUCUACUAUGGCGCAGGUUACAAUGGAUAGUUUGAAUACGUUGACGUCCGAGAGAGUUGAAGUAGUCACCGUGACUGCACAGUAUCCCUUGAAACCAGAAACGACUGUAGAAUCAACCACUGAAACAUCCACAACUAAACAAUACACGUUAGAGCAGCCUUCGACAACUGAACGGUACUCUAGUAAUCAAUUUUCAACCAUGGAACACCAUAACACGGAACAAUUUUCAACAACUGAACUAUACUCCACUGAGCAGUCAGUAUCGACUGAAGAACAGUAUACAUUAACGUCUAUCACAACAGAACAACAUACCGUUGAACAACAAUCAACGACCGAACAGUACACCACUGGACAAUCGUCGACAACCGAGCAAUAUUCCACUCACGAAUCUCCAACAACGGAACAACAUGCCACGGAACAAUUUUCAACAACUGAAAAGCACUACACCACUGAUCAACAUUCAACGACUGAGCAAUACAUCACUGAACAACCUCCAACCUCAGAACAGUACUCCACUGAACAGUCAACAACUGAAGAACACUACACGGUACAGUCUCCAACAACAGAACAACCUUCAACAACUGCACAGCACUUCACGGAACAAUUUUCAACAACUGAAAAAUCCUACACCAUUGAACAACAUUCAACAACUCAGCAAUAUUUCACUGAACAACAUUCAACAACUGAGCAAUAUUUCACUGAACAACCUUCAACCUCAGAACAGUACUCCACUGAACAGUCAACAACUGAAGAACACUACACGGUACAGUCUCCAACAACAGAACAACCUUCAACAACUGCACAGUACUUCACGGAACAAUUUUCAACAACUGAAAAAUCCUAUACCAUUGAACAACAUUCAACAACUGAGCAAUAUUUCACUGAACAACCUCCAACCUCAGAACAGUACUCCACUGAACAGUCAACAACUGAAGAACACUACACGGUACAGUCUCCAACAACAGAACAACCUUCAACAACUGCACAGUACACCGCGAAGCAAACUUCAACAACUGAGCAAUACUUUACAACAGUAACUCCAGUGACAGAACAGCAUACCACGGAACGUUCUUCAACAACCGAACGAUACACCACUGAACAACCUCUAACAACUGCACAAGAUACCACUGUACACUCUCUAACACCUGAAGACUACAUCACUGAACAUUCUUCAACAACAGAACAAUAUACCACGACACAAUCUUCAGCGACAGAACAAUACACCACGGCGCAAUCUUCAACAACAGAACAACACACUACGACGCAAUUUUCAACAACUGUAACGUCUCCUCCCGACUUACAACCCACUUUCGAGACACCAACGAAUACCACAAUUGGUACAGAGAGCCCACCAUGUUCAGAUAAGUCUAAAUGUGACGUAGGGAAUCAUCGGCCCGUGUGCUUGAACCUAACAGUCGACCAGAGUACACCUAAUUGUAGCAUACUCCCAGAUACCAAAUGCACCACUCACGACGACUGUCUUUCCCAAUUGGCCUGUAUAAACCAGCAGUGCUUGAACCCGUGCACCAUCGAGAAUCCAUGCGACUUCGUCGAAGUCUGCCACGUUCAGGAUCACAGACCAGUUUGCGUGAAAGACGUAUCCAACGACACUUGCCCCUACUGUCCAGCUGGAAUGCAAUGCGAUUCAACGACGAACACAUGCGUGAAAGCGGGUUGCACUAGCGACAAAGAUUGUCCGCUGACCACUGCGUGCAUCGCGGGAACAUGCCAGGAACCGUGCCUGGUGCGGAAUCCGUGCGUCAGGAACGCGGUCUGCAUGAACACCAAUCAUCGAGCGGAGUGUAGCUGCGACGACGGCUACCACGGGAACGGCUUUCUCUACUGCGCUCUGGAGGACGAAGGCAAGAACAUUUGCCACUACAACGAGGAUUGUCCACCGAGCAAAUACUGCGAUCGUCUCAACAGACGAUGCAUCGACCCUUGUCUGGAGACCGACUGCGGCGACAACGCGAGCUGUCUGCCCGCGAACCACCAAGCCCAGUGCAAGUGUCUGCCAGGGUACGAAGGCAAUCCUCUCAUCGGAUGUACCAAAUUGUCCUCCGACCCUUGCGUUCCAAAUCCCUGCGGCUUGGACGCAAUGUGCGAGAACGACAAUGGCAAUCCGAUCUGCUUCUGUCCCAAAGGUCUGACAGGGAACCCGUUCGAGCAGUGCAUUCCAGACGGCGACAUGUGCCAAGGCAACCCCUGCGGAGCCAACUCUGGUUGCCGCGUGGUAUCAGGGAACGUGAGAUGUUUCUGUCUGCCAGGAUACGAGGGAAGCCCUCCUCAAACUCCGUGCACGCUUCCAAACAACCCUUGCGAGCCGUCUCCCUGCGGACCCAACACCCAAUGCACGGUCUUGGCCAAUGGCCUGUCGAAAUGUACUUGCUUGCCUGGAUACAUCGAGACACCCAACACGAUCAGAGGAUGCGCGCCCAAGACGGACCAAUGCGAUCCCAACCCUUGCGGACUCGGUGCUAAAUGUGACGCGAACAGAGUGCCAGCUUGCUACUGUCCUGAGCAGACGCUUGGAAAUCCUUAUCAGAGCUGUGCAGCACCACCAACCAACGUGCACGAUCCUUGCUUACUGAUCCCCUGCGGAAAGAACGCCAUCUGCAUCGUCGAAAACGGGGUUGCAAAGUGCAAGUGCGUUCCACCGUACAUUGGCAAUCCGUACAUAGACGGCUGCGAAGCUGAGUGCUUCGUGAAUCAGGACUGCGACAGUCGACUGGCGUGCUUCAAUCAGCACUGCAGGGACCCUUGCCCUGGCGUUUGCGGUACCAAUGCAAAAUGCGAGGUGGACGAUCACGUUCCCGUCUGUUCUUGUUUGACUGGAUACACCGGGGAUCCAUUCAUCUCCUGUAAAGUUGAAAAGUCUCCUCUUCCUGGACAGAAUCCUUGCAUGCCAUCGCCAUGCGGACCUCACAGCAUCUGCCGCGUGAUGAACGACCGUGCAGUCUGUUCGUGUAGUCCCGGGUACCACGGUACACCACCUUCCUGUCGUCCAGAGUGUCUGGUCAGCUCGGAGUGCCCUGUCCAUCUGGCCUGCAUCGGCCAAAAGUGCGGCGAUCCUUGUUCCGGCGUGUGCGGUCAGAACGCUCUGUGUCAGGUGAUCAGUCACAACCCCGUGUGCAGUUGUCCUCCCGAGUACACAGGCGAUCCACUCACGCACUGCUUCAAGGAAGUCCUACCGCCGCCAGGACCCAAGAAUCCUUGCGUGCCCGCGCCCUGUGGACCGAACGCUGAUUGUCGCGUGCAGGAGGAUCACCCUGUUUGCACGUGCAUCAGUGGAAUGUUCGGUGCGCCACCGAAUUGCAGACCGGAGUGCUUGAUUCACCAAGAUUGCCCCAACUAUCUCGCUUGCGUCCAGAAGAAGUGCGUGGAUCCUUGCGCCGGGUCCUGUGGAUUCAACACCAACUGUACCGUACAGAACCAUCGGCCCAUGUGCCAAUGUUACCAGGACUACGAAGGGGAUCCUUUCUCUGGAUGUAACAAAGUUACCUUCCCAGUGCCAUUGCCUUGCGAUCCAUCCCCAUGCGGUGCGAACGCGGUCUGCAAGGAACGCAACGGAGCUGGCUCCUGCAGCUGUUUACCCGAUUAUACCGGGGAUCCUUACGCGGGAUGCAGACCUGAAUGCGUUCAGAACUCGGACUGUGUUCACACGAAGGCUUGCAUAAACAACAAGUGCAAAGACCCGUGCGUGGGCGCGUGCGGCAUAAACGCUCAGUGCCAAGUGAUCAACCAUCAACCUUCGUGCAGUUGUCUGUCUGGUUACACCGGGGAUCCCCUACAGUCCUGUCACGUGCCACCUGUCACACCGGUACCAGGCGACCCAUGUCAACCUUCUCCCUGCGGUCCGUACAGCAACUGUCGCGUGAUCGACAACCAUGCAGUCUGCUCCUGUCAGCCAGACUACGUUGGCAGUCCACCACAGUGUCGUCCAGAAUGCGUGGUCAGCACUGACUGCGCCCAGAACACGGCUUGCAUCACUCAGAAGUGUAGAGAUCCGUGCGUGGGCACUUGCGGCCAGAACGCCGACUGCCAGGUCAUCAACCACAAUCCAGUCUGCAGUUGCAAGUCUGGAUACACCGGUGAUCCCUUCUUCGGAUGCGUAAAAGAACCGGAAAGUAAACAGCCUGGAGGCGACUCGAGUGGCAACCCGUGCAUCCCAUCGCCGUGCGGACCAAACUCCCAGUGUCGCGUGAUAGACGGCUUCCCUGCAUGUUCCUGUCUACCCAAUUACGUGGGCAGGGCACCGAAUUGUCGUCCAGAGUGCGUCAUCAACGAGGGUUGCCCUGGCAAUCUCGCCUGUCAGAACGAACAGUGCGUGGAUCCUUGUCCAGGUUCCUGUGGCGUCAACACCUUCUGCAACGUUGUCAAGCACAAUCCCGUUUGCAUAUGCAACCCUGGCUACACCGGCGAUCCAUUCACCGAGUGCUCGCCUAUAAUGGAAGAACCAACCACAACGGAACAACCUCGGACACCGUGCAACCCAUCACCCUGCGGUGCGAACGCGAUCUGCAACGAACGAAACGGCGCUGGAUCUUGCACGUGCUUGCCGGAAUACAUCGGUGACCCGUACACAGGUUGCAGGCCCGAAUGCGUCACGAACGCUGACUGCGAACGCGACAGAGCCUGCCUGAACAACAAAUGCGUGAAUCCUUGUCCUGGUACCUGCGGUCAGGGAGCCACCUGUCGAGUUGUCAAUCACACUCCAUCCUGCUCGUGCCUGCCUGGUUACACGGGAGAUCCGUUCAACGUUUGCACAGGAAGAGAAGCAGGACCCGAACCCUUACCUGAGAAUCCUUGCGAGCCCUCGCCGUGCGGACCCAACAGCAACUGUCGUGUCCACAACGAGCACGCGGUGUGCUUGUGUCAACCAGGAUUCGUUGGAAUACCACCCACUUGUCGUCCAGAAUGUAUCGUCAGCUCGGAGUGUCCUCAGAACAAAGCUUGCAUCGAGAACAAGUGCGCGGAUCCUUGUCCGGGCUCCUGCGGCGUGAACACCAAGUGUCUGACCGUGAACCAUAAUCCCAUUUGCACAUGUGCCGCGGGUUACACGGGCAAUCCACUCGUUCACUGUACGAGGUUCAACGUCACCCAACCACCAUCGGGCACCGAUAAUCCUUGCUCUCCCAACCCUUGCGGACCGAAUUCUCAGUGCAGGGUGAUCGGUUCUCAGCCUGCCUGCUCCUGUCUGUUGAACUUUAUCGGACGUCCUCCAAACUGCAGGCCUGAAUGCACCGAUGAUUCCGACUGCUUCCACUCGGCGGCAUGCGUGGAACAGAGGUGCAAGAAUCCUUGUCCAGGUGCUUGCGGCGAGUUGGCGAGGUGCACCGUUCAAAAUCACGUACCGAUUUGCACUUGUCCCGAGGGCUACGAAGGAGAUGCUUCCGUGCGCUGCGUAUUGGCGCCUCCUCCGACGACCGACCAAAGCGUGGCUAACCCAUGUUCACCGAAUCCUUGCGGACCAAACGCGCAGUGCCGCGAGAGGAACGGUGCUGGAGCGUGUGCCUGUCCACCAGACCUCAUCGGAGACCCGUACGAUAACGAGAGAGGAUGUCACAGAGAAUGCGAGUCGAUCAACGACUGUGCUCCACAACUGGCUUGCGUUGGGUUCAAGUGUUCCGAUCCUUGCCCGAGCACCUGCGGUGUGCUGUCCGUUUGCAAUGUCCAGCAACACGUCCCAGUGUGUGUCUGUCCUCCCGGAUAUACCGGUGACCCGUACUUUGCUUGCGAGAUUCAAGAAAUGACCAGUGUGUCCCCGUUGGACCCGUGUUCGCCAUCGCCUUGCGGCCCCAACAGCAAGUGUCGCGAAGUGAAUGGCCAGGCAGUGUGCACGUGUCUCCCAGAGUACAGAGGAAUCUCGCCAAACUGCAGACCAGAAUGCGUGGUAAACGCAGAGUGUCCUGCUCACCUCACCUGCCUGAACAAGAAGUGCGUGGAUCCAUGCCCGAACACCUGCGGAUUGAGAGCGCAGUGCACCACCAAAAACCACAAUCCAAUUUGCACGUGCUCUGUAGGCUUCACCGGUGAUCCUUUCACUCUGUGUUCACCCAUUUCUUACAAUGACACCUUCGCCACGGAACGGCCACCAUCUUGUACUCCGUCGCCUUGCGGUCCAAACUCUCUCUGCCAGAUCAUAUCGGGAAACCCAGCGUGUUCUUGUCUACCAACUUACAUUGGCGUUCCUCCGGAGUGCAGGCCAGAGUGCAUCUUGAGCUCCGAGUGCAAGAGUCAUCUAGGGUGCGUGAAUCAGAGAUGUCAGGAUCCCUGUCCAGGCUCGUGCGGCGUCAACGCUCAGUGCCAUGUCCUGAAUCACAUACCGGUUUGCACGUGCAUGGAGGGCUUCACUGGAGAUCCUUUCACGCAGUGUAUACUAGUUCCUCCGACCACGUUGCCACCAGUAAGCGACCCGUGCAGCCCAUCACCAUGCGGACCAAACGCUUUAUGCAAUAACGGCGAAUGCGAGUGUCUCCCGGAAUACAUUGGCAAUCCGUACGAAGCCUGUCGUCCAGAAUGCGUUGUGAACCUGGAGUGUCCCCGCGACAAGACCUGUCUCAGAAACAAAUGCAAGGAUCCUUGUCCUGGGACGUGUGGUCAAAACGCAGUCUGCGACGUCGUGAAUCACAUACCCAGCUGUUCCUGUCCACCUGGAUACGUUGGGGAUCCGUUCGUUAGCUGUCGCACUCAGCCUCUAAUUCCACAUCCAUCUAAAGAUCCGUGCUCGCCUGUGUCACCCUGCGGACCGAACAGCCAGUGUCGCAACAUAGAAGACCACGCCGUGUGCUCUUGUCUUCAAGGAUACCUCGGUUCUCCACCGUCGUGUAGACCAGAGUGCGUCGUGAGCUCGGAGUGUCCACCAACGCGCGCCUGCGUGAACAAGAAGUGUACAGAUCCUUGCCUCGGCUCCUGCGGCUUGAACGCGAGGUGCGAAGUGAUCAAUCAUUCGCCGAUCUGUAGCUGUCUACCUGGCCAGACCGGGGAUCCGUUCAAGAGCUGCUACGACUUUCCAGAUGUGCCGGACGGCAAGGACUCGGGAGAUCCUUGCAAACCGUCAACCUGCGGACCAAACGCCCAGUGCCAGAACGCAAACGGUUAUCCAUCCUGUUCUUGCCUACCUGGAUACAUAGGCGUUCCGCCGUCCUGUCGCCCAGAGUGCCUGAUCAAUCCUGACUGCCCAUCCGACAAAGCCUGCAUCAACUCGAAGUGCACGGAUCCAUGUCCGGGAUCCUGCGCGGAGAACGGCAAUUGCAUGGUCGUUAAUCACGCUGUCGUGUGCUCCUGCACGCCUGGUUACACUGGAAAUCCGUUCGUUCAGUGCAUCGAACUAGAAGAGGAAUCCAUAAAUCCGUGCGAGCCCUCGCCUUGCGGGCCAAACGCCGUCUGCCAACAACGCGACAACGUGGGCGCGUGCAUCUGCAUCGACGACUACCACGGCAACCCUUACGAGGGAUGCCAGCCAGAGUGCAUCCUCAGCUCCGAUUGUCCAACGAAUAAGGCUUGCGUUCGCAACAAGUGCGAGGACCCCUGCCCUGGAAUAUGCGGCAUUCAGGCUCAGUGCUCCGUCAUCAAUCACAUUCCAACCUGCACCUGUCAACCUGGCUACGUGGGAGACCCCUUCACGAUCUGCACGCAGCCUCUGAUCACGUCCACGGAGACUACUAGAACGGACCCGUGCAGCCCAUCGCCCUGCGGACCGAACAGUUUGUGCCGAGCCGUGAACGAUCAGGCCGUCUGCACGUGCCAAGAGUCCUACAUCGGUUCACCGCCAAACUGCAGGCCAGAGUGCGUGGUGAACUCCGAAUGUCCUCAGAACAGAGCGUGUUACAAGUACAAGUGCUCCGAUCCCUGCCCAGGAACGUGCGGAGUAGGGGCCAAUUGUCGCGUGAUCAACCACAAUCCACUUUGCAGCUGCGCGCCAGGAACCACUGGAGAUCCGUUCUCCAGAUGUUAUCCUCAAAUGGUCACGCCAUUGCCACCGAUCGGCGAUCCUUGCAGACCAAGUCCAUGCGGUCUGUACGCAGAGUGCAGAGCGAUUGGCGAUCAAGCCGCUUGCUCCUGUUUGAAGAACUACAUAGGUCUGCCACCCAACUGUCGACCCGAGUGCGUCGUCAAUACCGACUGUCCAUCGAACCAGGCGUGCAUCUCUGAAAAAUGUCGAGAUCCUUGCAUCGGAUCGUGCGGUCAGAACGCUGAUUGCCGUGUGCAGAACCAUAUUCCUGUUUGCCUCUGUCAAACAGGGUACACCGGUGAUCCUUUCUCCCUGUGCACGGAGAUACAAGAACAACCCAAAGUACCCGAAGACCUGUGCAAUCCGUCUCCAUGCGGACCCAACGCGGAGUGCGACGAGGGCAACUGCAAGUGUCUUCCGAACUACUUCGGCGAUCCUUUCUCGUACUGUCGUCCAGAGUGCACCAUGAACUCGGACUGCUCUAGAGUGAAGACAUGCGUGAAUCAUUACUGCAUGGAUCCGUGCGUUGGCACCUGCGGUACCAGCGCGCAGUGCGACGUGGUCAAUCACAUCCCGAUGUGCAGCUGCCCUCCUGGCACCACGGGGGAUCCGUUUGUUCUUUGUCGACCGCACGUUAUCAAUGAGCCCAGGCAACAACCAUGCACACCAUCUCCCUGCGGCGCGAACAGUGUCUGCAAAGUGGUGAACGAUCACGCAGUCUGCUCGUGCCAACCUGGCCUGAUAGGCAGUCCACCCGCCUGCAGGCCAGAGUGCGUGGUCACCGCCGAUUGUCCUCUGACUCAAGCUUGUCUCGGAAACAAGUGUCAGGACCCGUGUCCAGGCACUUGCGGUCAGAACUCCAAGUGCCAAGUGGUCAACCACAACCCUAUAUGCAUCUGUUACGAGGGACACACUGGCGAUCCGUUCACCAGGUGUUACCCUAGGCCAAAAGAGCCACCGAGGCCAACGAACCCCUGCCAACCAUCCCCCUGUGGACCAAACGCGGAGUGCCAAGUGAGAGGCGAUAGUCCAGCUUGUUCGUGUGUGCAAAAUUACAUCGGUGUACCGCCUAACUGUAGACCCGAGUGCACGAUAAAUCCCGAGUGUCCGCCGCAUUUAGCGUGCAUGCAGCAAAAGUGUCGCGAUCCGUGUGUCGGUUUGUGCGGUUCGAACGCUGAGUGUUCGGUAGUGAAUCACCACGCGGUGUGCGCUUGCGCGGAAGGUUACACCGGAAAUCCGUUCAGCGUAUGCGAGCCGGUCGCCAAGGAUGUACCCCUAGACCUUAGGAAACCAUGCGAGCCUUCCCCGUGCGGCGCCAAUGCAAUCUGUCGCGAAAACAACGGCGUCGGUUCCUGUUCCUGUCCUCCAGACUACAUAGGCGACCCGUACCAAGGAUGCCGACCCGAAUGCACCCAAAAUUCCGAUUGCGCCAAGACGAUGGCCUGCACGGGCCUCAAGUGCAGGGACCCGUGCCCAGGAACCUGCGGAUUGCAAGCCCGAUGCGAAACGAUCAAUCACGUUCCAGUUUGCACGUGUAACCGUGGCUACUCGGGCAACCCCUUUACCUAUUGUUCCCCGAUCGUGCUCGAGCCUACCCUAUCAGAGUCAGACCCGUGUAGUCCCUCUCCUUGUGGACCCAACAGUAAGUGUCGAAACGUAAACGACCACGCAGUCUGCUCCUGUCUCGCAAAUUUCGUCGGAACCCCACCGUACUGUCGACCCGAGUGCGUGAUGAACAACGAGUGCCCGUUGGACCUCGCGUGCAUCAAUCAAAGAUGCACGUCUCCCUGCACGAACUCCUGCGGUAUCAACACGCAGUGUAGAGCGAUCAACCACAGCCCAAUUUGCACCUGCAACCUCGGAUACACCGGGGACCCGUUUACGAAAUGCUUCCCCGCACCACAACCAACCCCGAACGACUGCUCCCUAGCCCCGAUCGACCCCUGCGUACCGUCGCCCUGUGGCAUGUACGCGGAGUGCCGGAAUAUCGGUGGCACGCCUUCGUGUUCCUGCUUGCCCGCGUACCUUGGAUCCCCGCCGAAUUGCCGACCAGAAUGUCGCGUCAACUCCGACUGUCCCAUGAGUCUCGCGUGCAGCAACGAGAAGUGCAGGGACCCUUGCUUGGGAUCCUGCGGUGUCACGUCCUUGUGCUCCGUUUACAACCACGUUCCCGUGUGCACGUGCCCCGAGGGAUACACGGGGGAUCCCUUCGGCAACUGCUACCCAGCCCCGAUGAAGCCAACCGAACCAGCUGUCGUUGAUCCUUGCGCGUCAUCGCCGUGUGGCUCGAACGCCCGCUGCGAUAACGGUUUGUGCACGUGCCUGCCGGAGUAUCAGGGCGAUCCUUACGUGGGCUGUCGUCCCGAGUGCGUGUUGAACACCGAUUGUCCGCUGAAUCGUGCCUGCGUCAGGAACAAGUGCGUGGAUCCUUGUCCAGGCACGUGCGGCCAGAACGCGUUGUGUUCGGUGUACAACCACGUGCCUAUGUGCAGCUGCCCUAACGGAAUGGAGGGGAACGCUUUCGUUCUGUGCUCCGUUCUUCGAGAUCCUGUGUCGAGGAAUCCUUGCUCGCCCUCGCCCUGCGGACCGAACAGCGUGUGUCGAGAGGUCAACGAGCAGCCCGUCUGCUCCUGCGUGGCAGGAUUCCUAGGUGUACCACCUGCCUGCAGACCGGAGUGCACGGUCAGUUCCGACUGUCCCCUAACGGAAGCCUGUAGCAAUCAGAAGUGCAUAAACCCCUGUCCUGGAACCUGUGGCUUCAGAGCUGUCUGCAACGUCGUAAAUCACAAUCCAGUGUGCAGCUGCUCGCCAGGACACAUCGGCGAUCCUUUCGUUCAAUGCGUGCCUGAACCGAUUGGCCGGCCUGUAGGGAACCCAUGCGAACCUUCCCCAUGCGGACCCAAUGCUCAGUGUAGAGUUUCCAACGACGCACCCUCGUGCUCGUGUUUGCCGGAAUUUCUAGGCGCCCCUCCAAAUUGCAAGCCGGAAUGUAUCAGCAACAGCGAGUGUCCAGGUCACUUGGCCUGCCUGAACCAGAAAUGCGGAGAUCCUUGUCCGGGCUCCUGUGGAGCCAACUCUGACUGUCGCGUUGUUAGCCACACACCCAUGUGCGUCUGUCCUGGGGACUUCACUGGCGAUCCUUUCACUCAGUGUGUCCCUAAACCACCUGUGCCAAUCAACCUUUCCCCCUGCGAACCAUCGCCUUGCGGCUUCAACGCGAUAUGCAGGGAGUUGAACGGCGUUGGUUCCUGUUCUUGUCUGCCGGAUUACAUCGGAAACCCUUACGAGGGUUGUCGACCAGAAUGCGUGAUCGACACGGACUGUCCCUCCACAUUGAGCUGCAUCCGCUCCAAGUGCCAGGACCCAUGUCCUGGCACCUGUGGCACCAACACCGAGUGCCAGGUCAUCGAUCACCGACCCGCGUGCGCCUGCAUCACAGGAUACAGCGGGAAUCCUUUCCAAUACUGUACCUUGAUUCGCGAAAUAGGAAACCAAACACAGUACAUGGACCCGUGCAACCCGUCCCCCUGCGGACCGAACAGUCAAUGUCGCGUAGUCAACGAACAAGGUGUGUGUUCCUGUCUACCAGAGUACAGAGGCUCUCCUCCGAUGUGUCGUCCAGAGUGCGUCCUAAACUCGGAUUGCCCUGCGAAUCGAGCUUGCGUCAACCAGAAAUGCGUGGAUCCAUGUCCCAGUUCGUGUGGCGCGUUCGCCACUUGCGUGGUCAAGAACCACAGUCCGAUUUGUGCCUGCAGAGAUUCGUACACCGGAGACCCGUUCACUAGAUGCUUCCCCGUUCCAACAUUCGUACCCCUCGCAGCGGUCGAACCAUCGCAACCCUGUCUCCCCUCCCCUUGCGGUCCAUACUCGGAAUGUCGCGUGGCGAACAACGGUCCAUCCUGCCAGUGCUUGGCCGACUAUACCGGAAGUCCUCCCAACUGUAGACCGGAGUGCACCGUCAACUCCGACUGUCCCAGCAACAGAGCCUGCAUCAGGCAGAAGUGUCUGGAUCCCUGUUCAGGAUCCUGCGGAGUAGGGACACGGUGCAGCGUGUUCAAUCACGUGCCCAUGUGCACGUGCAUCGAGGAGUACACCGGAGAUCCCUUCAACAAUUGCUACCCGACGCCACCGCAGCUACCGCCCCCUGAAACCGAUCCCUGCAACCCAUCGCCGUGCGGACCGAACGCCCAAUGCAACGCGGGUGUAUGCACUUGCUUACCCGAUUACCAGGGCGAUCCCUACACCAGCUGUCGACCCGAAUGCGUUCUGAACAGCGACUGCGCUCAAGACAGAGCUUGCGCGAGGAACAAGUGCGUGGAUCCUUGUCUGGGCACUUGCGGCAGAGACGCGGUCUGCAAUGUCCUGAAUCACGUACCCAUGUGCAGUUGUCCGGCUGGAAUGUCUGGCAACGCGUUCAUAUCCUGCGACCGAGUGGAAGAACCAGUUCAGACGAAUCCGUGCAAUCCAUCGCCCUGUGGACCCAACAGUCAGUGUCGAGCUAUAAAUGGCCAGGGCGUGUGCUCGUGCGUGCCAGGAUACCUUGGCAUUCCGCCUACCUGUAGGCCAGAGUGCGUGGUCAGUUCAGACUGUCCAAGAAGCCUGGCCUGUAACAACCAAAAGUGCAUCGAUCCUUGCUCUGGCACUUGCGGCCUGAAGGCGUUGUGUCAGGUUGUCAAUCACAACCCCGUGUGCAGCUGCCCGUCAGGUUUCACGGGCGAUCCGUUCACCAGAUGCCAAUUCCUUCCUGCGAACAUACCAGAAGAGGAUACCUGCGCGUCCUGUCGAUGCGGCCCCAAUUCCGUUUACCAAACCGUCAACGACCAACCGUCUUGCGCCUGUCUCCCCGAUUUUAUCGGCUCUCCGCCAAACUGUAGGCCGGAGUGCGCGAGCAACAGCGAAUGUUCCAGCCACUUGGCGUGCAUCAACCGAAAAUGUCGAGACCCCUGUCCUGGCUCGUGUGGUUUGAACGCGGAAUGCCGUGUGGUCAGUCACACACCGAUGUGCGGCUGCCUGAGCGGUUACACAGGCGACCCCUUCACCCAGUGCACGUUGAAACGACCCGAACUCGAACCCACGCCGGUGUCGCCCUGCGUGCCAUCGCCGUGCGGCCCUAACGCGAUAUGUAAAGAACAAAACGGAGCAGGUUCCUGUUCCUGCGCCCUGGAUUACAUAGGAAACCCGUACGAAGGAUGUCGCCCGGAGUGCACCGUGAACUCCGACUGUCCCUCGAACCUGGCCUGCAUAAGAUCCAAGUGCCAGAACCCCUGUCCCGGCACGUGCGGCCAGAACGCCGAUUGCACGGUGAUAAAUCACUUGCCGAGUUGCACUUGCGUAGCUGGAUACACGGGAGACCCGUUCGUUAAUUGCCACGUCCAGCCGCAGAUCCCCAACGAAGCAAAAAAUCCGUGUAACCCCUCGCCAUGCGGACCCAACAGCUUGUGCCACGUGACGAAUGGCCAGGCUGUCUGCGCGUGUUUCCGCGAUUAUGUAGGCAGCCCCCCAGGAUGUCGUCCAGAGUGCGUGGUCAGCUCGGAAUGUCCCUCGAGCCAAGCUUGCGUCGAUCAAAAGUGCGUCGACCCCUGCCCUGGCCGUUGCGGUACCAACACGGACUGCAGAGUCGUGAAUCACAGCCCUAUCUGUGUUUGCAAGCUGGACUUCACCGGGGAUCCCUUCACCAGAUGCUUCCCGACGCCAAAACCAUUGCCAGCACCCGUCGCUAACCCCUGUGUACCAUCCCCCUGCGGCCCGUACUCGGAAUGUCGCGACAUAGGAGGCUCCCCCUCCUGUUCCUGUUUACCAAAUUACACAGGAGGUCCGCCGAAUUGUAGACCAGAGUGCACGAUAAACCCUGACUGCCCCAGCAACAGAGCUUGCGUGAGGGAAAAAUGCAGAGACCCUUGUCCGGGCUCGUGCGGCAUUGGAGCGAUUUGCAACGUGAUCCAACACGUACCCACGUGCGUUUGCCCCCAAGAUUUUACAGGAGACCCGUUCGCUAGUUGCCAGCCCGUACAGGCGCCAUUGUUAGAUGUCCCGUCGGAUCCUUGCAACCCCUCGCCUUGUGGCACGAACGCACUGUGCGAUAACGGUUUAUGCAGUUGUCCUCCCGGUUACAUGGGAAGCCCCUACGAACUAUGUCAACCCGAGUGCGUGACCAACGACCAUUGUUCCUUCAACAGAGCUUGCGUUCGCAACAAAUGCGUGGACCCUUGCAUAGGAACCUGCGGCCAGAACGCGGUGUGCAACGUUUACGAUCACGUUCCCAUGUGUAGUUGCCCACCUGGGAUGUCUGGGAAUGCAUUUGUACUCUGCUCUGUACUACGAGGUGGAUAUCCUUCGAGGUUCAGUCAAGAGUGACGCCGGUUUCUCCUUAUUUAAUCAUUUAACACACCAUUCGUAGAACCGCUGCCGCAGGACCCCUGCAGACCUUCCCCCUGUGGCCCUAACAGUCAGUGCCGAAUCGUUAACGGUCAGGCUGUCUGCAGUUGCGUUCAAGGAUAUCUAGGAACUCCGCCGUCUUGCAGACCCGAGUGUUUGGUCAGCUCCGACUGUCCACGAAAUUUGGCCUGUAGCAAUCAGAGGUGUAUAGACCCCUGUCUAGGCACCUGCGGUCUCAGGACUCAGUGUCAAGUUGUCGCUCACAAUCCCAUUUGCAGCUGUCUACCGAGACACUCUGGCGAUCCCUUCACCAGAUGCGACCCGAUCAUUGACACCCCGAUCGAGCCGGUAAACCCGUGCCAGCCGUCUCCCUGCGGACCGAACGCUCAAUGUCGCGUGGUGAACGACUCACCAUCUUGCACGUGCCUGCCCGAUUUCGUUGGAGCGCCGCCCAGUUGCAGGCCAGAAUGCGUCAGCAACAGCGAGUGCCCGUGGAAUCUAGCUUGCAUGAAUCAAAAGUGCAGAGACCCUUGCCCUGGCGCUUGCGGUUCGAACACGGAAUGUCGAGUCGUGAGCCACACGCCUAUGUGCGUUUGCAUGAGCGGAUAUACGGGAGAUCCCUUCACCCAAUGCGUCGUUCAACAACCAACAAUCGUCGACGUCGCGUCGCCCUGUACACCGUCACCCUGCGGGGCAAAUGCUAUCUGCAAAGAGCAGAACGGUGCUGGCUCCUGCACCUGCUUGCAAGACUACAUCGGAAACCCCUACGACGGAUGUCGGCCCGAAUGCGUAGUGAACUCUGACUGCGUAUCCAACAUGGCCUGCGUUCGGUCCAAGUGCCAGGAUCCUUGUCCAGGCACCUGCGGCCAGAACGCUGUCUGCCAAGUGAUCAAUCACUCUCCUGCGUGUUCCUGCGUGUCUGGAUAUACCGGCGAUCCGUUCAGAUACUGUAACCUCGCGUUACCAUCGGAUCCAGUCCCGAGGGACCCAUGCAAUCCAUCUCAGUGCGGACCGAACAGUCAAUGUAACGUAGUCAACGGUCAGCCAAUUUGCGCGUGUUUACCAGAGUACAUCGGAACUCCGCCAACGUGUCGUCCUGAAUGCGUGAUGAGCUCGGAGUGUCCCACUAACAGGGCUUGCGUCAACAAUAAAUGCAUCAAUCCGUGUCCUCAACCAUGCGGUUCGAACACCAACUGCAGAGUUCUGAAUCACAGUCCAGUAUGCAGUUGCAAACAGGGCUACACAGGGGAUCCGUUCAGUAGAUGUUUCCCUAUGCCAAAACCUCUUCCUGGCCCGGUCGCUCAGAAUCCUUGCGUGCCUUCGCCGUGCGGCCCUUACGCAGAGUGUCGCGACAUUGGCGGCGCGCCAUCCUGCUCUUGUCUAGCCCCUUACAUCGGUAGUCCACCUAACUGUAGACCCGAGUGCACGGUCAAUUCCGACUGCCCCAGUAGUCAAGCCUGUAUAAACGAAAGAUGCAGAGAUCCCUGUCCAGGCUCCUGCGGAGUCUCAGCCACCUGCAACGUCGUCAACCAUACGCCAUCUUGCGUUUGUCCUGCCGAUUUCACCGGGGAUCCGUUUACAAGCUGCUACCCGAAACCACUCGAAGAACCAGCGUUACCCGCGGACCCCUGCAAUCCCUCGCCUUGCGGUCCAAAUGCCCUGUGCGCAGACGGCAGCUGUUCUUGCUUGCCAGAGUAUCAAGGAAAUCCUUACGCCGGUUGUCGACCGGAAUGCGUCCUCAAUAGCGACUGUCCUACCUCUCGAGCCUGCAUCCGUAACAAGUGCGCGGACCCGUGUCCAGGAACUUGCGGUCAGAACGCGCAGUGCAACGUCUACAACCACGUACCCAUGUGCAGUUGUCUGCCUGGAACGACAGGGAACGCGUUCGUUUCGUGUCGUCCAAGCAGAGGACCGGAAGACCCGUGCAACCCGUCUCCCUGCGGACCCAACAGUCUCUGUCGCGUAGUUAACGAGCAAGCGGUAUGCACUUGCGUGGCUAGUUUCAUAGGAACCCCACCAUCUUGCAGACCCGAGUGUAGCGUUAGCUCCGACUGUCCGAGAAAUCAAGCUUGCAGUAAUCAGAGAUGCAUAAAUCCCUGCGCUGGGACCUGCGGCGUUAGCGCCCAGUGCCAAGUGAUCAAUCAUAAUCCCAUAUGCAGCUGUCCACCAGGCUUUACUGGCGAUCCUUUCGUCAGAUGCGAGCCCAAACUGGAAGAACCGUUAGCUCCCGUCAAUCCUUGCUAUCCAUCGCCCUGUGGACCUAACGCGGUCUGUCAAGUGGCGAACGAUUCACCCUCGUGCUCCUGUUUACCCGAGUUCAUCGGUGCACCGCCGAAUUGUAGACCCGAGUGCAUCAGCAACAGCGAGUGCGCGACUCAGUUAGCCUGUAUAAACAACAAAUGCAGAGAUCCAUGCCCUGGUUCGUGCGGCGGCAACGCUGAUUGUCGCGUCGUAAGCCACACCGCCAUGUGCGUGUGUUCCAUCGGCUUCACUGGCGAUCCCUUCACGCAGUGCCUCGACAGGCAACCCGACAUACGACCAACCCUCGCCACUCCAUGCACACCGUCACCCUGUGGUUCGAACGCCAUUUGCAAAGAACAGAACGGAGUAGGUUCCUGUACGUGUUUGCCCGACUACAUUGGCAACCCUUACGAGGGCUGUCGUCCAGAAUGUAUAAUAAAUUCCGAUUGCGUACCCACGCGUGCCUGCAUCCGGUCCAAGUGUCAGGACCCUUGCCCGGGAUCUUGCGGCGCGAACGCCGGAUGCCAAGUUGUCAAUCACUUGCCAACCUGUACUUGUUUCCCUGGUUACACCGGUCAGCCCUAUCAAUUCUGCCAGCUGAUCGUACCGACUCUGGAUGAGAGAAGAGAUCCGUGUUCCCCAUCGCCGUGUGGACCGAACAGUAACUGUCGGGUUGUCAACGACCAGGCAGUCUGUUCCUGUCUCCCGGAAUACACUGGCUCCCCUCCAGGAUGUCGACCAGAAUGCGUAGUCAGUUCCGAGUGUCCGUCUAACCUAGCGUGCAUAAAUCAGAAGUGCAGGAAUCCUUGUCCUGGUCCUUGCGGCCUCAACGCUGAGUGCAACGUCAUACAUCAUAGUCCUAUAUGUGCCUGCAGACAAAGCUACACCGGUGAUCCGUUUAGUCGGUGCUUCCCAAUGCCAGAACUCCCUCCAGCGCCGAUACCUUCAGACCCCUGUUUCCCUUCACCCUGCGGUCGGAACGCGGAAUGCCGCAACAUCAACGGCAUACCUUCCUGCACUUGUCUGCCAAAUUACGUGGGCAGUCCUCCGAGCUGUCGACCAGAGUGCACCGUGAACUCCGACUGCCCUCCCAAUCAAGCUUGCACGAGAGAGAAGUGCAGGGACCCUUGUCCCGGCUCCUGUGGCGUGUUCGCCCAGUGCAGCGUGCUGAAUCACGUGCCAAUCUGUAGCUGCAUCGAAGACUACACCGGCGAUCCCUUCAGCAACUGUUAUCCGAAACCACCUUCACAACCACCAGUCUCCGACGAUCCUUGCGAUCCGUCGCCCUGUGGAUCGAACGCGGAAUGCAACAAUGGCAUCUGUACCUGUCUGCCAGAGUACAGGGGCGAUCCGUACGCAGGAUGUCGUCCAGAGUGCGUUCUUAAUUCGGAUUGUCCCUUAAACCAGGCAUGCCUCCGAAAUAAAUGUAUCGAUCCUUGCAUCGGUACCUGUGGCCAGAACGCGAUUUGCGACGUGUUCAAUCACAUUCCGAUGUGCAGCUGCGGUCAAAGGAUGACUGGAAACGCUUUCGUACUGUGUUCCCCGAUCGCAGAAGUAACACCGGAAACGCCAUGCAACCCAUCUCCUUGCGGUCAAAACAGUAUCUGUCGUGCUGUGAAUGGACAGGCAGUUUGCACUUGUGUCCAGGGAUACGUAGGAAGUCCUCCGUCUUGUAGACCGGAGUGCGUAGUCAGUUCCGACUGUCCCAGAAACGAAGCCUGUAGUAACCUGAAGUGCUCGAACCCGUGCAUAGGAACUUGCGGCAUUCGCGCGCAGUGUCAAGUCAUAAACCACAAUCCCAUAUGCAGCUGUCUGCCAGGAUUGUCCGGUGAUCCGUUCGUCAAAUGCGAUCCUAUCGCGGACGUCGAGCCACAAGUCGCGAACCCGUGCAGACCAUCGCCGUGUGGUCCCAACGCUCAGUGUCAAGUAGCGAACGACUCCCCAUCCUGCACAUGCAUGCCUGGAUUUAUAAGCUCUCCGCCAAACUGUCGACCCGAGUGCGCGAGCAACAGCGAAUGCGCGAGCCACCUCGCUUGCAUCAAUCAGAAGUGCGGAGACCCGUGUCCUGGCUCUUGCGGAGCUAAUGCCGAGUGUCGCGUGGUCAGCCACACACCCAUGUGCGUUUGCUCCACUGGAUUCACGGGCGAUCCGUUCACGCAAUGCGUGGUGUUCGAUGAGCGUCUACCUUCCCCGUGCACGCCAUCCCCUUGCGGUUCUAACACCGUUUGCAGAGAGCAGGACGGUGUAGGCUCCUGUUCGUGUUUACCCGAAUACAUAGGCAAUCCGUACGAAGGAUGUCGACCGGAGUGCACCGUCAGCUCCGACUGCCCGUCGAAUCUCGCUUGCACGAGAAACAAGUGUCAGGACCCGUGUCCAGGCACCUGUGGACAGAACACUGUUUGCCAAGUUAUCAAUCACUCGCCCACGUGCUCGUGCAACCCUGGUUUUACCGGAGACCCCUUCAGAUACUGCCAAAUCACGCGAGAGCCUGACAUAGUCAGAGAUCCAACAGACCCCUGCGUCCCGUCGCCCUGCGGACCAAACAGUCAGUGCCGCGUGAUUUCCGGCAACGCGGUGUGCUCUUGUCUUCCCGAAUACACCGGAAGUCCUCCCUCCUGCCGGCCCGAGUGCGUCGUCAGCACGGAUUGUCCCUCGAACCGAGCCUGCGUGAACCAGAAGUGCUCGGACCCCUGUCUACGAGCGUGUGGACAGAACACCAAUUGUCUAGUCGUCAACCACAGUCCUAUUUGUACCUGCAAAGACGGAAACACUGGCAACCCGUUCACAAGGUGUUUCCAUUUUCAACCACAACCAACGUUACCAGAUCUACCUCAAGACCCCUGCUUACCCUCCCCCUGUGGUCCAUACUCCGAAUGUCGAGACAUCGGUGGCGCUCCGUCUUGUUCCUGCUUAGCUAAUUAUUUCGGCAGCCCACCAAACUGUAGACCAGAAUGUACCGUGAACACGGACUGUCCCAGCGAUAGGUCCUGCAUAAGACAGCGAUGCACGGAUCCUUGUCCUGGAUCCUGCGGCGUGGCGGCAAUGUGCUCGGUCUUCAAUCACGUGCCGAUCUGCACCUGCGCGGAAGGAUUCACGGGUGAUCCUUUCAGCAGCUGCUCUCCUGCGCCACCUGCUGUACCGGUACCGCAAGACCCCUGCAACCCAUCGCCUUGCGGUCCGAACGCCCAGUGCAACGAUGGCGCUUGCACGUGUUUGCCGGAGUAUCAGGGCGACCCUUACGUAGGUUGCCGACCAGAAUGCGUCCUGAACACCGACUGUCCCCUAAACAGAGCUUGUCUCCGCAACAAGUGCGUGGAUCCUUGCGCUGGCACCUGCGGUCAGAACGCAGUGUGCAACGUGUACAAUCACUUGCCAAUGUGCGGCUGUCCCGUCGGUAUGACGGGCAACGCGUUCGUAUACUGCACACCGUUCAGAGACCCAGUCGUGACCAAUCCUUGCAACCCAACGCCUUGCGGAUCGAACAGCCAGUGCAGAGAAGUCAACGGACAAGCCGUGUGCACUUGUAUCCCUGGUUUCGUUGGAAUCCCGCCUACCUGCAGACCAGAGUGCGUGGUGAGCACGGACUGCGGACCAACGGAGGCUUGCAUCAAUCAGAAAUGCAGCAAUCCGUGCGCGGGUUCCUGCGGAAUCAGAGCCACCUGUCAAGUAGUCAACCACAACCCGCUCUGCAGCUGCCCUGCGAGCUUGACCGGCGAUCCUUUCGUCAGAUGCGUCGAGAAACCGUUGGAGUCACCGCAACAGGAGAACCCAUGCGUACCAUCGCCAUGCGGCCCGAACGCUCAGUGUCAAACCAUCAACGAUUCCCCGUCCUGUUCCUGUCUUCCAGAGUUCACCGGCUCUCCUCCUAACUGCAGACCGGAAUGCAUCAGCAAUAACGAGUGCCCGAGUAACAUGGCUUGCAUCAAUCAGAAAUGCAGAGACCCUUGUCCUGGAUCCUGCGGCACGAACGCCGAGUGUCGCGCAGUCUCUCAUACACCGAUGUGCAGUUGCUCUCCCGGAUACACCGGGGAUCCGUUUACCCAAUGUGUCGUAGAACAACUCAUACCGAUGUACGUGCCAAAGCCUUGCGUGCCGUCUCCUUGCGGCGCAAACGCCCUCUGCAAAGAGAGGAACGGAGCAGGAUCGUGCUCCUGUCUGGAAGGAUACAUCGGGAACCCGUACGAGGGUUGCCGACCGGAGUGCGUCAUAAAUUCGGACUGCGUUCCAAGCAAGAGCUGCGUCAGCUUCAAGUGCGAAGAUCCGUGUCCCGGCACUUGUGGCCAGAACGCGAUCUGCCAAGUGAUCAAUCACCUGCCCACCUGCAGUUGCUUGCCUAGAUUCACGGGAGAUCCAUUCAGAUACUGCCGCGAGGAAGAGAUAGUUACCCGACCGAGCCUGACGGAUUCUUGCCAACCAUCGCCGUGCGGGCCCAACAGCGUCUGCAGGGAGAACAACGGCCAGGCGGUUUGUUCGUGCUCACCAGGAUAUCUCGGUUCUCCGCCAGGAUGCAGGCCGGAAUGCGUGGCGAGCGCGGAGUGCGCCUCCAACCGCGCGUGCGUUAACCAGAAGUGCGUGGAUCCUUGUCCAGAUCCUUGCGGGAGGAACGCCGUUUGCAGAGUCAUCAACCGCAAUCCGAUAUGCUCCUGUCAGCAAGAUUUCACCGGGGACGCGUUCUCCGUCUGUUUCCCUAUUCCACGUCCACCGCCGGAGUCAUUCAGACCUUCCCAGCAAGACCCGUGUUUGCCAAGCCCUUGUGGCCCGUAUUCGCAGUGUCGAAACAUCGGAGGAAAUCCUUCUUGUUCUUGCUCGGCUUCGUAUAUCGGUGUCCCACCGAAUUGCAGGCCAGAGUGCACUAUUAACGCGGAGUGCUCCAGCGCGUUGGCUUGCAUCAGGGAGAGGUGCUCGGACCCUUGUCCAGGAUCUUGCGGUAUAGGAGCUAGGUGCACCGUUCUGAAUCACGUCCCGAUGUGUGCUUGCCCCGAGGGCUACACGGGAGAUCCCUUCACCAGCUGCGUCUUGGCGCCCGUCUCACCCGAGGAACCUGUCUCAGACCCCUGCAACCCGUCACCGUGUGGUGCGAACGCGCUAUGUCGCGACGGCAGUUGCACGUGCCUUCCGGAAUAUCAAGGAGACCCCUACACCGGUUGUCGACCCGAAUGCAUCAUGAACACCGAUUGCGCCCGUGACAGGGCGUGCGCGAGGAACAAGUGCGUCGAUCCGUGCACAGGAACUUGCGGUCAGAACGCCCAGUGUCAGACCAUAAAUCACAUUCCGAUGUGCAAUUGUCCGGCGGGGAUGGCUGGAAACGCUUUCGUUUCCUGUUCUCCGGUGCAGGAUGUAGCGACGAACCCUUGCUCGCCAUCGCCCUGUGGACCGAACAGUCACUGUCAAGAAGUGAACGGAGUCGCGGUCUGCAAGUGCGUGGAAGGUUUCCUUGGAAAUCCACCGACUUGCAGGCCAGAGUGCAUCGUCAGCUCGGAUUGCGAGCUGACGAAAGCCUGCAUCAAUCAGAAGUGCGCGGAUCCCUGCCCAGGUUCUUGCGCUGUGAGAGCAGAGUGCUCCGUGGUCAACCACAACCCCAUUUGUAGAUGUCCACCCAGUAUGACCGGUGAUCCGUUCACUAUUUGCACAGCCAUAGUGGAACAGCCUUCGGAACCGAUAAACCCAUGUUUCCCGUCACCUUGUGGCCCGAACGCUCAGUGCCAGGUGGUAAACCAAGCCCCAGCGUGCUCGUGUUUACCAGAAUUUUCGGGAACACCUCCGAAUUGUAGGCCCGAGUGUGUGAUUAACAACGACUGUCCGACUCGUCAAGCUUGCGUCGAUCAAAAAUGCAGGGACCCGUGUCCUGAUUUGUGCGGAGCCAACGCAGAGUGCAGCGUGUUCAGCCACACUCCGAUUUGUUCCUGCAGUUCAGGAUUCACUGGAGAUCCGUUCGUUCGGUGCACUCCAGUUCCAAUCGAAAGCGAAAGACCAACCCCAUGCAGUCCAUCGCCAUGCGGGGCGAACGCAGUGUGCAAAGUAUCAGGAAACGCAGGUGCCUGUACCUGUUUGCCGGAUUACGUAGGGAAUCCCUACGAAGGUUGCAGACCCGAAUGUGUCGUGAACUCCGACUGUCCUGUGAACCUUGCAUGCGUGAGAUCGAAGUGCCAAGAUCCUUGUCCUGGAGCGUGCGGUCAGAACGCCAUAUGCAACGCUGUGAACCACGCGCCGAUGUGCGCGUGCAUUCAGGGAUACUCUGGAGAUCCUUUCAGAUACUGCAGUCUAAGUCCAGUGAAUCAAGAACCUUCGCCAGUCGACCCUUGCAAUCCAACGCCCUGCGGUCCAAACAGCGAAUGUCGCGUGAACAACAACCAACCGGUGUGCACUUGUCUCGCGACGUACAUGGGCAGCCCGCCAAAUUGCAGACCCGAGUGCGUGGCCAGCACAGACUGUCUCCUAACUCGUGUCUGCGCGAAUCAGAAAUGCGUCGACCCGUGUCCCAGUUCGUGUGGCAUGAACGCCAACUGCAGAGCCAUCAACCACAGUCCGAUCUGUUUCUGUAACAACGGAUUCACCGGCGAUCCGUUUACCGCUUGCUUCCGCGCUCCUGAAACCCCCGCAGAACCCUCGCCAUCGGUACAAAGGGAUCCCUGUCAGCCGUCUCCCUGUGGUCCAAACGCGAUCUGCCAAACUGUGGGCCAGACGCCAGCUUGCACUUGCUCGCCAGACUAUCGCGGCAGCCCUCCAAACUGCAGACCCGAGUGCACCAUCAAUUCCGAGUGUCCCACUAAUCAAGCUUGCAUCCGAGAGAAGUGCAGGGACCCCUGUCCAGGUUCUUGCGGCUUUAACGCUCAAUGCUCCGUGUUCAAUCACGUACCUAUGUGCUCCUGUAUCGAAGGGUUCACGGGAGAUCCCUUCAGCCAAUGCAAUCAACAGGCUACACCCAUCGAACCAACAGAAGUAGAUUUGUGCAAUCCGUCCCCUUGCGGUCCGAAUGCUCAGUGCGACAACGGAAUAUGCUCUUGUUUACCUGAGUACUACGGGGAUUCGACGAUCGGCUGUCGACCGGAAUGCGUGCUCAAUAACGAUUGUCCUCGAGACAGAGCUUGCGUGAGGAACAAGUGCGAGGAUCCCUGCCAGGGGACCUGCGCGAGCAACGCGGUGUGCAACGUGGUGAACCACGUGCCAAUGUGUAGCUGUCCAGCUGGUUUCGAAGGCAACGCGUUUGCCUACUGUCGUCCUGCCAUAGCCGAUGUACCAUCCACCCCGUGCACCCCGUCACCCUGUGGACCGAACAGCCAGUGUCGAGUCAAUAACGGUCAAGCAACCUGCAGCUGCGUGCCAGGCUAUUUAGGAAACCCUCCAAACUGUCGUUCCGAGUGCAUAGUCAGCUCCGACUGUCCUCCGAACGAGAUUUGCUCGAAUCAAAAGUGCAGGAAUCCUUGUAUAGGUACUUGCGGCUUGGGAGCCAGGUGUACGGUAGCCAAUCGCAACCCUAUAUGCCACUGCCCCGAAGAAUUCACCGGAGAUCCGUUCGUACGAUGCGUACCGAUUCCGCCAGUGGUCCAAGAACCGAUAAACGUUUGCCAGCCAUCGCCCUGCGGACCCAACGCUCAAUGCCAAAUCUCAGGGAACUCGCCAUCUUGUACCUGUUUGUCCGAUUUUAUCGGUUCUCCGCCGAAUUGCAGACCUGAAUGCGUCAGCAACAGCGAGUGCCCCAGUCAUCAAGCGUGCGUUAACCGGAAGUGCAGAGACCCGUGCGUCGGUUCUUGUGGAACAAACGCCCAAUGCCGAACAGUCAGUCACACACCCAUGUGUUACUGUGGAUCAGACUACACGGGCGACCCUUUCACGUACUGCUCCGUUAGGCCCAUCGAAGACCAGCAGAUAAAUCCGUGUUCGCCAUUGCCCUGCGGACCGAACGCUCAGUGCACCGAAAGAAACAACGUAGGUGCCUGCGCGUGUCUUCCUGGCUACACAGGGAACCCUUACGAAGGAUGCAGGCCAGAAUGUGUCCUGGAUUCCGACUGCUCGCCCACUCGGGCUUGCGUUAAUUCAAAGUGUAUCGAUCCCUGUCCAGGGACAUGUGGAACGAACGCGGAAUGCUACGUUGUCAAUCACCGAGCGUCUUGCUCUUGUUAUCCUAGCUACACAGGCGACCCUUACCGAUAUUGCUCCGUUCAGCAAGACGUUUCCGACGUCAGCGUAACCGAUCCGUGUGGUACGUCUCAAUGCGGUCCGAACAGCCAGUGCAGAGUACUGAAUGGAGUAGCUGUCUGCUCUUGCCUUCCAACUUUUAUCGGUACACCGCCAGCGUGCAGAUCGGAAUGCACCCUCAGCUCGGACUGCCCCGCCGACAAAGCAUGCGAGCGACAAAAGUGCAUAAAUCCGUGUCCCUCCUCCUGUGGACAGAACUCGGAUUGUAGAGUCAUCAAUCACUCGCCUAUUUGUACUUGCACGAUGGGAUACACCGGCAAUCCGUUCACUAUAUGUUUCCCAGUUCCAUUGACACCACCCGUCUCGAACGACGUCAUUCCAAAAGAUCCCUGCAUUCCAUCGCCUUGCGGCGCUUAUUCGGAGUGUCGAGACAUUGGCGGAUUACCCUCGUGCUCCUGCCUAGCCACGUACAUGGGAAGUCCUCCGAAUUGUCGGCCGGAGUGUACGCUCAACUCGGACUGCGCUCCCAACAUGGCCUGCAUGCAACAAAGAUGCAGGGACCCUUGUCCAGGCUCGUGUGGUCUUCAAGCGCUAUGCGCCGUACUCAAUCACGUUCCGACAUGCACCUGCCAGCCUGGUUACACCGGAGAUCCCUUCACCAACUGCGUCCUCGAUCAACGCCCGAUCGAACCGAAUCCGUGCGGGAUGUGCGGACCUAACACACAGUGCGACGACGGCGUUUGCACCUGCUUGCCAGAGUAUUCCGGUGACCCAUACGCAGGUUGUCGGCCGGAGUGUGUCUUGAGCAACGAGUGUCCAGCAUCCAGAGCUUGUGUCCGAAACAAAUGCGUGGAUCCUUGCGUGGGCGUUUGCGGACAAAACGCGUUGUGCAACGUUUUCAACCAUAUCCCCAUAUGCAGUUGUCCGUCAGGAACAUCAGGAAACGCGUUCUUGCUCUGUUCCCCCGAGCUAGUAACAACAAUCAGCGAUCCCUGCAACCCGUCGCCCUGUGGUCCCAACAGUCUGUGCAGACAGAACAACAUGCAAGCCGUAUGCUCUUGCGUGAGCGGGUACGUAGGCGCUCCUCCGACUUGCAGACCCGAGUGCGCUGUCAGUUCAGACUGUCCAUUGAACGAGGCGUGUACCAACCAACGGUGCCAAGAUCCUUGCCCAGGAAGCUGCGGGAUCAACGCGGACUGCAGCGUGGUCAAUCACAACCCGAUAUGCGUCUGCCGCGAUAGGAUGACCGGCGAUCCUUUCGUCAGUUGCUACCCACUGCCCGCGAGACCGUUACCUCCAGUCGAUCCUUGCCAACCGUCGCCAUGCGGCCCCAACGCGGACUGCCAAGUAAUAAACGACCAACCAUCCUGCUCGUGUAGGCGAGAAUUCAUUGGAUCGCCUCCUAACUGUCGUCCAGAGUGCAUCAGCAACAGCGAGUGUCCCUAUCAACUGGCGUGCAUCGGCCACAGGUGCCAGGACCCUUGCGUCAACUCCUGCGGCGUGAACGCGGUUUGCAAUGUCGUCAGUCACACGCCUAUGUGUGCCUGUACGAAUGGUUACACCGGUGAUCCGUUUACCCAAUGUUCUCCGCAGCCGUUCGACGCGCCAGUCGGCAGACCAGACCCCUGCAGCCCGUCGCCGUGCGGUGCCAAUAGCGUGUGUCGCGUUCAGCAGAACACCGGGUCUUGCACCUGCCAAGACGAUUACAUCGGGAAUCCUUACGAAGGAUGCAGACCCGAAUGCACGCUCAGCUCGGAUUGUCCGUCCAAUCGAGCCUGCAUCCGUUCCAAGUGCACAGACCCCUGUCCUGGAACUUGCGGUCAAAACGCUCAGUGUUACGUUAUCAACCACGCUCCAGCUUGCAGCUGCUUCGAACGGUACACGGGAGAUCCUUUCGUGUACUGCUCCCCUAUGAGAGAACCGCUUCCUGGACCCAACACCGUUAGCCCUUGCGAACCGUCGCCCUGCGGCCCGUACAGCCAAUGUCGAGAGAUCAACGGCCAGGCCACGUGUUCUUGUUUACCAACUUACACAGGAACACCCCCGAAUUGCAGACCAGAGUGCACCGUUAGCUCCGAUUGCCCGUUGAAUCUCGCGUGCAGGAACAACAAGUGCGUCGAUCCCUGUCCCGACUCUUGCGGUCAGCAGACCACGUGCAGGGUCGUGAAUCACAGUCCCAUAUGCUCCUGCAGGCCAGGUUUCACCGGUGAUCCGUUCACUCGGUGCUUCUCGAGUCCACCUCCAGCUGUUACGGACCCACCGAUCGAUCCCUGUAUCAACUCGCCCUGCGGACCGAACUCUCAGUGUCGCAACAUCAACGGAUCUCCCUCGUGCUCUUGCGCCCUAAACUACAUCGGUGCUCCACCGAACUGUCGUCCAGAGUGCGUGGUCAACACCGAUUGUCCCAGAAAUCAAGCUUGCAUUCGCGACAAAUGUCAGGAUCCUUGCCCAGGCUCCUGCGGUCUGAACAGCGUCUGCGCGGUCCACAAUCACAUUCCCGUUUGCACGUGCUUGGAAGGUUACACGGGAGAUCCUUUCAGCAUCUGCCAGCCCAAACCAAUCAGAGACGAACCUGUGACAGACCCAUGCAGCAAUUCUCCAUGCGGACCGAACGCCGAUUGCGACAACGGCGUUUGUGCUUGCAUUCCCGAGUACACUGGAAACCCGUACGUCGGUUGUCGGCCCGAAUGCGUGCUCAGCACCGACUGUCCAAACAACAGAGCGUGCAUAAGAAACAAAUGCGUGGAUCCUUGCCCCGGAGCUUGCGGCCAGAACGCUCUUUGCAACGCGAUCAAUCACGUACCUAUGUGCAGUUGUCCUCCCAACACCGCUGGCAACGCUCUGGUCGUGUGUUCGCCUAUGCGAGCUCCCACGACGACGAGACCGUGCAACCCAUCACCCUGCGGUCCAAACAGUAUCUGUCGUGAGUUAAACGACCAAGCAGUGUGCACUUGCGCCCCCGACUACCUCGGAACGCCACCUUUAUGUAGACCAGAAUGCGUCAUCAGUUCCGAUUGUCGCAUGAACGAGGCUUGCGUGAAUCAAAAAUGCAGAAAUCCGUGUCUAGGAACGUGUGGCGUUGGGGCGCAAUGCCUAGUGGUUAACCACAACCCCGUGUGCUCCUGUCCAGAGCGUUACACCGGAGACCCCUUCGUCAGAUGCGAAAUGAUCAAUAUAAUAGUGCCCACGAACCCCUGCCAGCCGUCGCCCUGCGGACCGUACACCCAGUGCCGAGUGAUCAAUGACGUCCCAUCCUGUACAUGUCUACCUGAAUAUACGGGAACCCCGCCCAACUGCAAACCCGAGUGCAUAGCCAGCUCCGAGUGCCCCAGCCACCAAACCUGCGUCCGACAGAAAUGCGUAGAUCCCUGUCCGGGUCUAUGCGGGGAGAGUGCAGAGUGUCACGUAGCCUAUCACGUGCCCCACUGCGUUUGUCCAAACGGUUUCACCGGUGACCCGUACUCUCGUUGCUCGAUAAUAAUUCGUGACCCGGAACCCUCGCCCUGCGCGGAAGGCACAUGCGGCACGAACGCGUUGUGCAGAGAACGAGACGGUAUCGGGAUUUGUUAUUGCCCACCUGAGUACAUUGGCAACGCAUACGUGGGCUGUAGGCCCGAAUGCGUCAUUAACCCCGAUUGCCCGUCCAACAAAAUGUGCGUGCGAAACAAGUGCCAAGACCCAUGCCCUGGAACCUGCGGCCAGAACGCCGAGUGCACGGUCGUUAACCAUCAGCCAGUCUGCUCGUGUCGGUCGGGAUUCACUGGCGAUCCGUUUGUCGUGUGUACCGUGGAUAUAAUGGUCCCAACGAAAGAGAACCUGUGUAACCCAUCGCCCUGCGGACCCAACAGUCAGUGCAGAGAAGUAUCUGGUCAGGCCGUGUGUUCGUGCCUGCCUACCUACGUCGGCACACCACCUGGAUGUAGACCCGAGUGCGUUGCUAGCUCCGAGUGUCCCACUCAGCUCGCGUGCAAGGACUACAAAUGUACAAACCCGUGCCCGAGUCCCUGCGGACUGAACACUAAGUGCAUCGUCGUUAACCACAGUCCCAUAUGUAGUUGCAUGCCCGGCUACAGCGGCGAUCCUUUCACUAUCUGCACUCAAAUUCCACCUGUCUCGAUCCCUGGCCCAACGGAGAAAGACCCGUGCGUACCAUCCCCGUGCGGCAAUUUCGCCCAGUGCAGAAAUAUCCGCGGCACUCCUGCCUGCACGUGCUUAGAGAGCUACAUCGGUCAGCCACCCAACUGCAGACCCGAGUGCACGAUCAACUCCGAAUGUCAAAGCGACAUGGCCUGCGUCAACAUGAAGUGUAGAGACCCGUGCCCUGGUUCCUGCGGUUCCGGUGCCCUGUGCGCGGUCAUGAAUCACAUUCCCGUGUGCAACUGUCCCGAAGGUUUCACAGGAAAUCCCUUCACGCUUUGUCAGUUACUGCCAGCGACACCUCCAACGCCACCGCUAGAAGACGAAUGUAGCUCGUCACCCUGCGGUCCCAACGCCGCGUGCACGAACGGCGUUUGCAUGUGUCUACCGGAAUUCCAAGGAAACCCGUACCUAGGAUGUCGACCCGAAUGCGUCCUAAAUUCAGACUGCCCCAGAGACAGAGCCUGCUCGCGUAAUAGGUGUACGGACCCCUGUCCUGGAAUCUGUGGUUUCAGUGCCAUUUGUACAGUGAUCAAUCACGUGCCCAUGUGUAGCUGUCCUGGAAACAUGACUGGCAACGCGUUUAGUCGAUGUAACCCUCUGACAGAUGUGAUACCCACUAAUCCGUGUAGUCCGACACCAUGCGGACCCAAUAGCGAAUGCCGCACCGUAAACGGUCAAGCGGUCUGCUCGUGCAUCAGAGGAUACUUAGGAAGUCCGCCGACCUGUAGACCCGAGUGCAUAGUCAGCACAGACUGCCCGCAAAACGAAGCCUGUAGCAAUCAGAGGUGUAUAAACCCCUGUCCUGGAUCUUGCGGCAUCGGAGCCAGCUGCAACGUCGUCAACCAUAAUCCUAUAUGCAGCUGUCCGUUGCGUUACACUGGAAAUCCAUUCGUUCAGUGCACGUUCUCCUACGUUGAACCUGAAACGAUAGAUCCCUGUCAGCCAUCGCCCUGCGGUCCGAACUCUCAGUGCCAAGUGAUCAACGACUCUCCCUCGUGCUCGUGCACGCCUGGGUACUCUGGCAGCCCGCCAAAUUGCAGACCGGAGUGCGUCAGUAACGGGGAGUGUCCUAGUCAGUUAGCUUGUAUCAAUCAGAAGUGCCAGGACCCUUGCGUCGAUUCCUGCGGUGCCAGCGCGAGUUGCCAUGUCGUUAGUCACACUCCUAUGUGCACCUGCCUGAGCGGUUACACUGGCGAUCCGUUCACUCAGUGUGUCUUUAAAGAACCUGUGAAUAUACCUGCACCCGUUGACCCCUGCAACCCAUCGCCCUGCGGAUCGAACGCUGUCUGCAAAGAAUCGAACGGCGCCGGCUCCUGUAACUGCAUUCCUAAUUAUAUCGGGAACCCCUACGAUGGAUGUCGACCCGAGUGUCUCUUGAACUCCGACUGCCACCCGAGUCAAGCCUGCAUGAACAACAGAUGCAGGGAUCCCUGUCCAGGAACCUGCGGUCGUAACGCCGAAUGUCACGUUAUCAAUCACCUGCCAGUGUGCGAGUGUUAUCCUAGUCACACUGGAAACGCCUUUGUCCUCUGUUUACCUAUCGCACCAGAAACUGACCAAACGAUCGGUAAACCCUGCAACCCGUCUCCCUGUGGACCCAAUAGUCAAUGCAGACCGAUCAACGGACAGUCGGUGUGCUCGUGUUUACCGGAGUUCUUGGGCAGUCCACCUGCGUGCAGACCCGAGUGCACGGUCAGCGCCGAAUGUCCCACGAAUUUGGCGUGUAUCAACAGAAAGUGUAUCGAUCCCUGUCCUGGAUCUUGCGGCUCGAGCACGAGGUGCGAAACGAUCAAUCACAGAGCCAUAUGCUCCUGCCAACCAGGCUUCACUGGUGACCCGCUCGUUGCUUGUUUCGAUAUGCCAAUUGGAAAACCUGCUCCCGGACCGACGUACGCGAAUCCAUGCGCGCCUUCGCCGUGCGGGCCCUACUCGGAAUGUCGGAAUAUAAAUUCCCAGGCCUCGUGUGCCUGCUUGCCAGACUACAUGGGAACGCCACCGAAUUGUAGACCGGAGUGUAUACGAAAUUCCGAUUGUCCCAGCAACCAGGCGUGCAUUCAGAAGAAAUGUCGAUACCCUUGCGAAGGCGUAUGCGGCGUAGGAGCCCAAUGCUCGGUGAUAAAUCACACUCCGAUUUGCACUUGUCCGGAAGGCUACACAGGCGACUCUUUCGUCAGGUGUUCGCCCGCGAUAGUGGACAUGGACCAACCAGUGGAUUCGUGUGCCAACUGCGGCGCAAACACGCAGUGCCUGGAUGGAGUCUGCGUUUGCUUGUCAGAGUAUCAAGGAGACCCGUACCUAGGUUGUCGGCCAGAAUGUGUCCUGAACUCGGAUUGUCCGAGAGAUAGAGCUUGUAUCAAGAACAAGUGCAACGACCCAUGCGCUGGUACCUGUGGACAGAACGCGUUGUGUUCCGUCGUAAAUCACGUUCCAAUGUGCACUUGUCCGCCAGGAAUGUCAGGAAACGCGUUCGUAGUUUGCUCUGUGAUGAUAGUACAAACACCCAAAGACCCGUGCAAUCCAUCGCCCUGCGGACCCAACAGCCAAUGCAGGAAGAUAAACGAUCAGGCCGUUUGCUCUUGCAUUCCUGGUUACCUAGACACGCCACCGAAUUGCCGACCGGAAUGUAUCCUCAGUUCCGACUGUCCAUCCAGCAUGGCCUGCAACAAUCAAAAGUGUAUAGACCCUUGCCCUGGCACUUGCGGUAUAAGGGCGGAGUGCGUGGUGGUGAACCACAACCCAAUUUGCAGCUGUCCACCGGACCUGACAGGCAAUCCCUUCACCAUGUGUAUCAGGAUGCCCGACGAGCCAACGGUUCUGAAUCCGUGCGUACCAUCGCCCUGUGGCCCGAACAGUCAAUGCCAGGUCCUAAACAAUUCGCCAUCUUGCUCCUGCUUGCCCGAGUUCCUUGGAUCCCCGCCAAACUGUAAGCCAGAAUGCGUAAGCAACAGCGAGUGCUCCACGCACUUGGCUUGCAUAAAUCAAAAGUGUCGCGAUCCCUGUCCCGGUUCGUGCGGUGCUAACGCCGAAUGUCGAGUGAUAAGUCACACGCCGAUGUGCGUCUGUUCCUACGGAUUCGUUGGUGAUCCGUUCAUACAAUGCCUUCCAAGACCAGCGAUCGAGGACACAGGUAAGAAACCCACGCCAUGCAUGCCGUCACCCUGUGGAUCUAACGCGAUAUGCAACGAACUGAACGGCGCCGGAUCCUGCAAGUGUCUCCCAGAUUACAUCGGCAACCCUUACGAAGGUUGUCGACCAGAAUGUACCAUCAAUUCCGACUGUACCGCCGAUCGUGCUUGCGUUAGAUCGAAAUGUCAGAACCCCUGUCCAGGAUUCUGCGGCUACAACGCGAUAUGCCAGGUCGUCAACCACGCUCCGCUCUGUACCUGCCAGUCUGGCUACUCGGGCGAUCCCUUCGUUCAAUGCAAUAUCGUUCGAGAGGAACCGAGACCAUCCGAUCCCUGUAGCUCGUCACCGUGCGGACUUAACAGCCAAUGUCGCGUGUCGAACGGACAGGCCAUCUGUUCUUGUUCGCCCACGUUCAUCGGAACCCCGCCAAUGUGCAGACCAGAGUGCACGGUCAGCUCGGACUGUGCUACCAAUCGCGCUUGCAAGAACCGUAAAUGCGUGGACCCGUGUCCGGGUAUUUGCGGUAUCAACGCGAGAUGCGAGGCGAUUAAUCACAGUCCGAUCUGCAGUUGCAAUCCUGGCUUGACUGGCGACCCGUUCGUCAGAUGUUUCAAAGUGCCAACCGUGUCCGAGCCAAUAAAUCCAUGCGUCCCGUCACCCUGCGGUCCGUUCUCCGUGUGCCGCGUUCUCGGCAACACGGAGCUGCCCAGCUGCUCGUGCAUGGACAAUUACAUAGGAUCUCCGCCAAACUGUCGUCCAGAGUGCACCAUCGACUCCGAGUGCGGCAGCGACAGAGCCUGUUUGAGGCAGACGUGCGCGGAUCCUUGUCCAGGUUCCUGUGGUACAGGUGCACAGUGCCUUGUGGUGAAUCACAUGGCCGUCUGCACGUGUCCCAAGGGAUACACUGGCGAUCCGUUCGUCAAUUGCUUCGUAGAAACUUCUCCUUCGCCGGCAGUUCCUCAAGACGCCUGCAAUCCGUCGCCGUGUGGAUCGAACGCCGUCUGUCGCGACGGUACGUGCACUUGUUUGCCCGAGUAUCGCGGCGACCCUUAUUACGGAUGCCGUCCAGAGUGCGUCCAGAACCCAGAUUGCCCGCUAGACAAGGCUUGCAAUCGCAACAAGUGCUUCGACCCGUGCGUCGGCGUCUGUGGCCAGAACGCCGAGUGCGUGGUGAUAAAUCACACUCCCAUGUGCAAUUGUCCGGACGGAAUGUCGGGCAACGCGUUCGCCACGUGCUUCCCGGUGAAAGACCCCGUGCUAGUGCAACCCUGCGAUCCAUCGCCCUGCGGACCCAAUAGCAGAUGCCAAGACUUUAGCGGACAAGCGGUUUGCUCGUGCGCGCCAGGUUACAUUGGAAAUCCUCCCGCCUGUCGUCCAGAAUGCAUAGUUAACAGCGAUUGCCCGUUGAACGAAGCCUGCGUGAACCUGAAGUGUAGAGACCCGUGUCCUGGAUCCUGCGGCGUGUCAGCCCGCUGCCAAGUGAUCAAUCACAAUCCCAUUUGCAGCUGUCCUCCGGUAUUCACCGGUGAUCCAUUCGUGCGGUGCUUACCUAGACCGGAGGAGCCCAUGCCACCGACAAACCCGUGCCAACCGUCACCCUGUGGUCCCAACGCAGUUUGUCAAGUGAUCGGUAACCAACCGUCGUGCUCUUGCAGAGCAGAGUUCAUCGGAACGCCUCCGAAUUGCAGGCCGGAAUGUAUCAGUAACAGCGAGUGCAGUAGCCACUUGGCUUGCAUAAAUCGCAAGUGCAAAGAUCCCUGUCCAGGUUCCUGCGGCGCUAACGCGGAGUGUCACGUUCUAAACCACGUUCCAUCGUGCGCUUGCAUGAGAGACUACACUGGCGAUCCGUUCGUUCAGUGCUCCGCCAAGCUACCGGCACCAGGGGUUCCAACGCGACCUUGUCAACCGUCUCCCUGCGGAGCUAACGCCAUUUGUCGAGAACAGAACGGCAUCGGCUCUUGCUACUGCUUGCCCGAAUACAUCGGCAAUCCUUACGAAGGAUGUCGACCAGAAUGUACCAUUCCAUCGGACUGUCCCUCGAAUUUGGCUUGUAUCAAUCUCAAGUGUCAGAAUCCUUGUCCCGGUUCUUGCGGAGCGAACACGAACUGCCAGGUUGUGAACAACUCGCCCGUGUGCUCUUGUAUGCCGCAAUACUCCGGUGAUCCUUAUGUCGGUUGCGCAUACAAGAUGCCAUCCAUCGAAGAAGACGAGCCUGACGUGUGCAGGCCGUCGCCUUGCGGUCCGAAUAGUCAGUGUCAGAACGUGAACGGUCAAGCUGCGUGCUCCUGCUUGCACCAGUACGUAGGAACCCCGCCUAACUGUAGACCCGAGUGCCUGGUGAACACCGAGUGCAACUCGAAUCUCGCGUGCGUCAAUCAAAAGUGCAGAGAUCCCUGCCUCGGCACCUGCGGUCGCAACGCCCAGUGCAAAGUCAUCCACCAUAGUCCGAUCUGCAGCUGUGGCAGCGGUUUAACAGGGGACCCGUUCGUUUUCUGUUUCCAAACUCCAAUAACCCAACCAGACGACAAAUAUCCGAGAGACCCGUGCGUUCCAUCCCCUUGCGGUCCAAACGCAAUGUGCAAACCACUAGGCGACACACCAGCCUGCACGUGCAUGAACAACUACAUCGGCGUACCUCCCAACUGCCGACCAGAGUGCUCCAUGAACUCGGAUUGCACAGCCAAUAGGGCUUGCAUUCGAGAGAAGUGCCGAGACCCGUGUCCAGGAUCCUGCGGCAUCGGUACACGUUGCACGGUCGUGAACCACACGCCAUCCUGCACGUGUCCCUCGGGAUACACCGGCGACCCUUUCACCAGUUGCUCGCCCAUUCCACCACCCGGCAUGAUGGAUGUCCCGACAGACCGAUGCAACCCGUCGCCAUGCGGGCCAAACGCACAGUGCGACGACGGUAUUUGCACGUGUAUACGCGAUUACUUGGGCGAUCCUUACAGCAUGUGUCGGCCAGAAUGCGUGAUUAACACAGAUUGUCCCCGAAACGAGGCUUGCAUACUCCAUAAGUGCAGGGAUCCAUGCGCGGGAACGUGUGGAACGAACGCGGACUGUAACGUCGUCAAUCACUUGCCUAUGUGCAGUUGUCCAAGAAACAUGACGGGCAACGCGUUCGUAUCUUGCAACCCUCUGAAAGACAUGAGCAUCCUCGACCCUUGCAAUCCAUCCCCGUGCGGCCCGAACAGUCACUGCCGCUCCUCGAACGGCCAAGCGGUUUGCACCUGUGUCUCUGGAUUCAAGGGAUCGCCGCCUUCCUGCAGGCCGGAGUGCGUCGUUAGCACAGACUGUUCACGCGACAGGGCUUGCAGCAACCAGAAAUGCAUCGAUCCUUGUCUCGGUGCUUGUGGACUUUCGGCACAGUGCACCGUCGUCAAUCACAAUCCUGUGUGCAGGUGUUUCGACCAGUACAUAGGCGAUCCGUUCGUCCAGUGCACACCACCUAGCAGAGUACCAGACGUUCCCGUGAAUCCUUGUCAGCCAUCAGCCUGCGGUCCGAACGCCGCGUGUCGAGUGAUCAAUAACGCGCCCUCGUGUUCGUGCCUCCCUGAAUUCAUUGGAAUCCCGCCAAACUGCAAACCCGAAUGCGUGAGCAACAGCGAGUGCCCGACGCAACAGGCUUGCAUCAAUCAGAAGUGUAGAGACCCUUGCCCUGGUUCGUGUGGCGGUAACACCGAAUGCAGGACAGUUAGUCACACUCCCAUGUGCACUUGCGCCAGUGGUUACACCGGAGAUCCAUUCGUGCAAUGCACGCUUCAGCCAAUACAAGAUAUACCAACCAGACAGAAUCCGUGCCAACCAUCUCCCUGCGGAGCGAACGCCGUGUGCCGCGAGUCCUACGGCUCAGCCCUUUGCACCUGCUUGCCCGACUUUUACGGGAACCCGUACGAAAACUGCCGACCCGAGUGUCUCAUCGAUUCCGACUGCUCGUUCAAUCGGGCUUGUAUACGAACCAAAUGUCAAGAUCCGUGUCCAGGAGCGUGCGGAUUCAACGCCGAAUGUCAGGUUGUCAAUCACAUCCCUACUUGCAGCUGUAGAUCAGGUUACACCGGUAAUCCGUUCCGAUCUUGCGCUGCCCUGGAGCCUUUCGAUCCAAGCGUUACCAACCCCUGCGUUCCGUCGCCCUGCGGACCCAACAGUCGUUGUCAGGACAUCGGCGGUCAAGCCAGCUGUUCCUGCUUGCCCAACUUCCGAGGAACCCCGCCCAGCUGCAGACCAGAGUGCGUCGUUAGCACGGAAUGUCCCAGCAACCAAGCUUGCGUGGGUCAAAAAUGCGUCGACCCUUGCCCUGGCGUGUGCGGCGUGAACGCUAGAUGCGAAGUCUUCCACCACAGUCCCAUAUGUAGCUGCGGCGCGAGUCAGACGGGAGAUCCGUUCGUAAAAUGCUUCGCGAUGACUCCGCAAGUUCCUGUAAACCCGUGCGUGCCGUCGCCUUGCGGACCGUUCUCGCAAUGUCGGGACAUUGGGGGCAUCCCCUCCUGUACCUGUUUACCGAAUUACGUCGGCUCGGCCCCGAACUGUCGCCCCGAAUGUUCGAUCAACACCGACUGCACCAGCGACAAGGCUUGCAUCAGGGAAAAGUGCAGAGACCCGUGUCCAGGCUCUUGCGGAGCGAACGCGUUGUGCGAUGUCAUUAACCACACGCCGGCUUGCACUUGUCCCAGCGACUUUACAGGGGAUCCGUUUACCAGCUGCCAACCGAAUCCACCAAUUCUCCCCCCAGCGCCAGCACACCCGUGCAACCCGUCACCCUGUGGACCAAACGCGCUAUGCCAAAACGGAGCGUGUAGCUGCAUAAGCGAGUACCGUGGCGAUCCCUACGAAGGAUGCAACCCAGAGUGCGUGCAAAACUCCGACUGUACCCGCGACAAAGCCUGCUCCAACAACAAAUGCGUGGACCCAUGCGCCGGUGUCUGCGGUCAGAACGCCGAGUGCGUGGUCGUGAACCAUAUACCCACUUGCAGUUGCAUCGAAAAUCACGAAGGGGAUUCGUUCACCUUCUGCAGACCGAUCCAAAAGCGCGUGAAACCCUGCGAGCCCACGCCCUGCGGACCCAACAGCGUUUGCCGUGAAUUCGGCGAGCAAGCCUCCUGUUCCUGCCUCCCCGGAUACUUCGGAGCUCCUCCCAGCUGCAGGCCCGAGUGUCUCGUGAACACCGACUGCGAGCAGAGCAGAGCUUGCGUGAACGAGAGAUGCCGGAACCCGUGCGAGAACUCGUGCGGUCAGGGCGCUUUAUGCGCGGUACGAAAUCACAACCCCAUUUGCAGCUGUCCCGCCCAGUAUUCCGGCGAUCCGUUUAUCAGCUGCUUCCCCAUAAAACCCAAUGACGUCGCACCCGGCCUGGACCCGUGCAAUACCGCGCAGUGUGGACCGAACUCCCAGUGCACCGUGUCACCCAACAAUAAACCUUCCUGCAGCUGCUUGCCCGAGUUCGUAGGGUCACCUCCCAACUGUAGACCCGAAUGCCUCGUGAGCAGCGAGUGCCCUGGAAACCAAGCGUGCAUUAAGCAGAAGUGUAGCGAUCCCUGUGUAGGACUAUGCGGCCCUAACGCGCUCUGCCAAGUCGCCAUGCAUUACAUCCGUUGCGUCUGUCCCGAAGGAUAUACCGGGGACCCGGUCACAGUUUGUUCCCCGAUAACGACGACUCCUGCGCCACCGACGCCAUCGAGACCUUGCAACCCUUCACCCUGCGGCAGCAACGCUUACUGUCGGGAAAGGUACAACACCGCGUUCUGCGAGUGCCUGCCUGAUUACAGAGGAAACGCGUACGACGGCUGCGUUCCAGAGUGUCUGGCGAACACCGACUGUCCGAAGUCUCAAGCCUGCAUCAAGACCAAGUGUCAGGAUCCUUGCUCUGGAACGUGCGGCGUUGGAGCCAACUGUUUCGUGUCGAAUCACAUUCCCAUUUGCUCUUGCCCGGCCCCAACAAUUGGGGACGCGUUCACCAUUUGUCGAGCUGAAGAACCGAGAGAAAAAGAUCCGUGCUCUCCCUCUCCUUGCGGUCCAAACACCCUCUGCGAGAAGAUCGGUAACACAGCCGUUUGCAAGUGUCUGCCUGGUCUUCAAGGAGUAGCCUCGAGCGUCACAGGCUGUCGUCCAGAAUGCGUCAUCAGCUCCGACUGUCCAGGGGACAAAGCUUGUAUAAACAACAGAUGCAUCAAUCCUUGCACCCAGAACGUCUGUGGAAUCAAGGCAGUCUGCCAAGCGAUCAAUCACAGUCCUCUUUGCAGCUGCCCACCCCCGUUGAUCGGCAAUCCGUUCGAAGAAUGCACCAGCAAAUUCGAAACCGAUCCCUGCAGUCCGUCUCCGUGCAGUUACAACGGCGAGUGCAAAGUCAGAAACGGCGUCGCGGUGUGCAUCUAUCCAGAGUGCGUCAUCAACACCGACUGUCCACGCGACAAAGCCUGUUUCGCUCAAAAGUGCAAAGACCCCUGCAUCGACGCCUGCGGCAUCAAUUCCCUUUGUCAAACGGUUAACCACAAGCCUGUCUGCUCCUGCCCAGCUGGUUUCACUGGGAACGCCAGGAUACAAUGCGUCGUUCCAUCAGCCGAUGUUCCGGCGCCAGAGUGCAGGCAAAAUUCCGAAUGCUCUAACGACAAGGCCUGUUACAACCAGAGGUGCGUGGAUCCUUGCACGUUGGACUCCUGCGGCUACAACAGCCGCUGCCAAGUGCUGCUCCAUCGAGCUGUGUGCGUCUGCAACGAAGGUUUCACCGGAAAUGCUCAGCAAUAUUGUAGCAAGAUUGGGUGUCGCGGGGACGGCGAAUGCCCGUUGACUCAAUCUUGCAUCAACAACGAGUGCAUCGACGCCUGUUUGGUGACGCAAUGCGGCACCAACGCGCUUUGCGCAUCGGACGGGUAUCACAGACCGCGAUGCUACUGUCCCGAGGGAUACCAGGGCAAUCCGUACCAAAUCUGCGAGAGACCGGAAUGUAACAACGACGACGAUUGUCCGGCUUCGUUAGCGUGUCGAGAUCAGAGAUGCGUGAACCCUUGCAACUGUCCGAUAUCCGCGCAAUGUUCCGUCGUCUACCAUCGUCCUACGUGUCGAUGCCCGCCAGGUUACACUGGCGAUCCUUACACGUCGUGUCUGAUGGAACCGAUAGAGCCGCAACCCGAAUGCCAAGUGGACGGAGACUGUCCCAGUAAAUUGGGCUGCUUCGGUGGAAUCUGUAAAGAUCCCUGCGUCGAAACGAAACCCUGCAUCGCUGGCGCGAGAUGCUCCGUCGUGGAUACCUUGCCGAUGAGGACGAUGAUCUGCGAGUGCUUGCCAAAUUUCGCUGGCGACGCAACCAUCGCUUGCAUCCCAGUGGACAAACAACUCGACGCGAUCUGUCAAUCCGACUCCGAGUGCGCUUUGAACACGGCCUGCUUGCACCAACGGUGCAUCAACCCUUGCGUCAUCAGCCCGUGCGCAUCGAAUGCAGAAUGCGCGGUGGAGAAUCACCGUCGCCAGUGUCACUGUAAUACAGGAUUCUCCGGCGAUCCGUUCAUGAACUGCUACAGAGGCACCGACGGAUUCCCUGACUGCACGACGAACUCCGACUGUUCGUCCAACGCGGCCUGCAUAAAUCAGCUGUGCCAGGAUCCGUGCCUGGGCUCGCAGUGUGGAUUAAACGCGGAGUGCGUCACGAUGAACCACCAUCCGACGUGUCACUGUCAACAGAACUUUGCGGGUGAUCCUCAACUGCAGUGCUUCAAACCUGAAUGCAAGUCAGACAGCGACUGUCCCUACGACAAAACGUGCCAGAACAGCAACUGCGUUACUCCGUGUCUGGUCGACGACAUUGCAUGCGGUCGUGGCGCGGAGUGCGUCGCAGUCUCGCACAGAGCGCAAUGCAUCUGUCCGCGAGGUACCCAGGGUGACCCGCGAAUAGCUUGCAUCUCGGCGGUGUGUCACUACAACGAGGACUGUGCCGAUCACGAGGCCUGCGACAGACUGAAUAGAGUCUGUAGACCUGUUUGCGACGACGAGGUCUGUGCGGACACAGCCAAAUGCGUCGCCAGGGAUCAUCAGCCUAGAUGCAUUUGUCCCGCAGGAACCUCUGGCAAUCCGUACAUCGAAUGCACCGGUGUCUCCAUCGAACCGGGAUGCAGGGAAGACGGCGAGUGUCCGUCGUAUCUGGCCUGCAUCAACGCCAAGUGUCAAGAUCCUUGUCUGUCCGCGAACAUGUGCACCGGCGAUCAGGAAUGCAAAGUGUUGAACACCGUGCCUCUUCGUACGAUGAUCUGCAGUUGCCCUCCUAACACAAUCACCGACGUAAAUGGACAAUGCAGGAUUAUUGAAUCACCGAACGUUCAGUGUCAUCAAGAUGAUGACUGCAGUAACUCGGAGAAGUGCAUCAGCGGAACAUGCAUCGAGGCUUGCCUCGCCAUUCAGUGUGGGCUGAACGCUCAAUGCAAAUCCACGUCUCACACAGGAAUCUGUCAGUGCGCGCCGGAUUUCACUGGCAACGCCUACCUGGAGUGCGUCAGAAGUCCCAUCACACCGCUGCCGCCGAUACGUCCAGAGUGUUACACCAACAGCGAGUGCUCCGGCGACAGACAGUGCUUAAACUCUUUCUGCGUGAAUCCAUGCGUCGUCGCCGAUCCUUGCGGAAGAAACGCUCUCUGUUACGUGAACAACCACGUGCCGAUCUGCAGGUGCCCCGCCAACUACGAGGGCGACGCCAGAAUCAAUUGCGUACCGCCGAGCAUCGUGGCAGAGUGUCAGUCGAACAGCGACUGCGCGGGUAAUGCUGCCUGUGUCAACAGCUUGUGCAUCAAUCCCUGCAAUUGCGGUCCAAACGCGAACUGCAACGUCGCGGAUCACUAUCCAUCUUGCGCGUGUCCGCCUGGAUAUUCCGGGAACCCUCAACUCGGUUGCUUCAAACUGGAUUGCGAAUCAGACAGCGAGUGCAACGACGCAGCCACGUGUUACAACGGCCAGUGCGUGAAUCCUUGCAUCCUCGAGAACAAGUGCGCUAUCAACGGUGAAUGCUACGGCCAAAACCACCGAGCAGUUUGUCGUUGCGGUCCCGGCUACCUAGGCAAUCCCGAGGUCCAUUGCGAGAGGAUCGAGUGCAGCACCGAUCACGAUUGUCCUCGAAACUUGGCCUGCGACAGCGGACGCUGCGUGAAUCCUUGCAUAGGGGACUCCCCUUGCGCGCAGAACGCCAUUUGCUACGUCCAGGAUCACCUCGCCACCUGUCGUUGUCCGGAUAACCUGCCGAUCGGAAACCCGUACUCUUACUGCGAGCAUCGUCCUACGACGGAGCUCGACGAACCAGAAUGCAGAAUCGACAUCGACUGCGCCGACAAACUAGUGUGCAUCAAGAACAGAUGCAUCGAUCCGUGCCCUGUCAUCAAACCCUGUCCGGAGAACGCUCGGUGCAACGUACUCGACACCGUCCCUGUCAGAACGAUGACGUGCACUUGUCCCGAAGGCUGGACCACCGACGUCGACGGUGUCUGUAGACCAAUUCAAAUAACCACCAUCGGUACCUGCACCACGAACGACGAGUGCGGAGACAGCGAGGCCUGCAUCAACAGACAGUGCAGGAACCCCUGCAACUGCGGCACCAACGCCGUCUGCCGCGUGAGGAACCACAAGCCCAUCUGUUCCUGCGACGAAGGCUAUCAGGGUAAUCCAGACAUCGUCUGCCACUCCGUGGAGUGCAGAUGGGACAGCGACUGUACCCUGGACAAGACCUGCGUUGGCCACCACUGCGUGGAUCCUUGUCUGGUGUCCGACACUUGCGGCGUGAACGCCGAAUGCUUCCCCAAUAACCAUAAGGCCGACUGCCGUUGCCGCAAGGGCUACCACGGAAACGCUUUGGACCGUUGCAGAGUGAUCGGUUGUUACAGCAACGGAGACUGUCCCGGCGAUCACUCCUGCAUCAAUCUGCAGUGCGUGGACGCGUGCGUCCACAGCAACCCUUGUUCGCCACUGGCCGAGUGCCGAGUCUUGAACCAUCUCCCCAUAUGUCGUUGCCCAGCCCAACACACGGGCAAUCCUUACGUAAACUGCAAGCCAGAGGACAGACCGGAGUGCAAAGAGGACGGCGAUUGUCCAGAUUCCCUGGCCUGCUUGAACAACAAGUGCCAGAAUCCUUGCACCGCCAUCGAGCCGUGCACCGAACCGUCCGAGUGCAGGGUCUUACCAACUUACCCUGUUCGCACCAUGGUCUGCGUGUGCCCAAGCGGCUACGUGAGCAGCGGCAGCGGAACCUGUCGAGCCACCAAACCGAUCCUUCCCAUCGAAUGCACCAGAGACAGCGACUGCCCUUCGGAGAAGUCGUGCGUGAACGCCGUGUGCAAGAAUCCUUGCGCCUGUGGACCUAACUCGGAGUGCACCGUCGCCGAUCACAAGCCAAUUUGCUCCUGCGAACUGGGUUACGACGGAAAUCCCGACGUGGCGUGCACCAAAGUUGUCGGAUGUCGCACCGAUGGCGAUUGCAGCGGAUCGCACGCCUGUGUACAACACAGCUGCGUUCCUGUGUGCUCGCAAUCGCCGCCAACCUGCGGCAAGAACGCCGAGUGUCACGGUAUCAACCACAAAGCCAUCUGCGAGUGUCCACCCGGGCUCGGAGGGAACCCGAGAGUCGGUUGCACUCUCCUCGGCUGCAGAACCAACUCGGAUUGUCCCACGAACAAGGCCUGCAUCAACAGCCGCUGCGAGAAUCCGUGCACGGUGAAUCCUUGCACUGGUAACCUGGAUUGCAACGUUUACAACCACGUGGUCGAGUGCGCUUGUCCUCCUGGUUACAUCGGCGACGCUAACUCGGGAUGUACCAAACUCACAGAGAAGUGUAAAGCAGACAACGAGUGUCCAUCUCAGACCGCCUGCUUCAACGGCGAGUGCAUCAAUCCAUGCGUGAAGAUCGAGCCUUGCGGAGUGAACGCGGACUGCAAGGUUCUAGACACGAGCCCUGUGAGGACCAUGAUCUGCGAGUGCAUCCCUGGUUACAGAGGAAACGCGGUCGUCCGCUGUGAAAAGACCGACGUCUGUCCGGUAGAGAAAGGCCAAGUCCGCGACGAGACCGGUAACUGCGUCUGUCUACCCGGUUCGGCUAAGGAUGAGAACGACAUUUGCAUACCCUGUCGCAAACAGGCUGGAAUGGUCGUCAACGAAGAAGGGUACUGCGUGUGCGCUUUGGAAAAUGGCAUGAUCAUCGACGAGUACGGUCGUUGCGUGUGUCCAACGGAACACGGGUAUAGACUGGACGCCAAUGGAUAUUGUAAAUUAGUCGACAUCAUCGAAUGCAGAACCGACGACGACUGCGCUGAUAACAGACACUGCGACCCGACCAGCCGAACCUGCGAAGAUCCUUGCCUGGCGCAACUGUGCGGCGUGAAUGCUCUCUGCAAUGCCACCCGUCAUCAAGCUGUAUGCACGUGCAUCAGCGGCUACAGCGGAAACGCUUACAAUCAGUGUCACAACAUAAACCGAGGGCGUACCGACUUCCCCAGACCUGACAUAAUCGUCAGCUGCUUGUCGGACGGGGUACAGGUUCUGAUACACCUUCUGGACGACGAAUUCGAUGGCGUCUUAUACGUCAAAGGUCGCAGCAAAGACGAACAGUGCAGACGAGUCGUUUCCAUUUCUUCGGAAACCAUGCACAAGACCGAAAUAUUCAAGGUGGCGUUUGGAAAUUGCGGACUGAUACACGUAAACGGACAAGCCAGCUUUGUACUGGUUAUACAAAAGCAUCCUAAAUUGAUGACGUACAAGGCACAAGCCUAUCACAUAAAAUGCAUAUACCAAACUGGUGAACAGAACGUCACGCUCGGAUUUAAUAUCUCUAUGCUGACAACUACUGGUACCAUUGCAAACACCGGUCCACCGCCGAUCUGCUUGAUGAAAAUCGUCACCCAGAGCGGAAACGAGAUCAACUCCGCCGAAAUUGGGGAUAAUCUGAUGCUGCAAGUCGAAGUCCAACCUUCCAGUAUUUACGGUGGAUUCGCUCGAAAUUGCGUUGCCAAGACGAUGGAGGACAACCUGGAGAACGAGUACAUCGUAACGGAUGAGAACGGAUGCGCGACAGACCCAACGAUAUUUGGCGAGUGGGAGCAGAAUCCUGAAACGCAGGCGUUGAUGGCCAGCUUCAACGCGUUCAAGUUCCCAAGUAGCGAUAAUAUUCGAUUCCAGUGCAAUAUCCGCGUUUGCUUCGGACGUUGUCAACCCGUGAAUUGCCGAGGAUACAACGCGUUUGGUCGCCGUAGACGAGACGUCGAGUCCGAAGUAAACGACACGUCUUUGAGCAUCGCGGACAACUUUGAGGGACAACUUAGAGAAGAAAUAACCAUUCAGUCGAAUCUGAUAUUCACUCUGGACGGAAGAGAAGAAAGGCAUCCAGGGAACGCACCAGAAACUUCGGCGCAAAGAGUGGAGGACAUAUGUGUUUCUAUGGUCGGCUUUGUGAUAGCAUUAGUAAUUACAGCACUCCUGGCACUAGUCGCUGUAGCUAUUGCUGUAUCAUGCUGGCUAAUGGCGUAUCGUCGCCAGCCAAAGACUGCUGGACCACUGCCACAUCCACCAGAGUUCCCAAAUCCGCUGUUCACUACUGAAUCUGUAGCUGAACCAUCUCCUGAUUAUCACCUAUCAUAAGUCUUCUAGGAUAAUUAUUAUUUUAUAACGUAAUUUUAUAAUCGUCAAUUGGAACGCAUUUCUGACCACAUCACCUGGUGGUCGGUUUUGUAUUUCUAUGAACGACUCCUCCAAUGACUAGCCCUCCGUACUUUCCUCCCAAGGGUUCACAAUGACCGCGUCAUAUGUUCACUGUUAUAUAUUAUAUAUAUGUAUGCGAGUAUCCUAAAUCACGAGAGAUAUAUAUAUAUAUAAUAUAUAUAUAUAAAGAUAUAUCUACUAUUUAUGGUGAUGGUUGCUUCCAUUAUCUAAACAUGAAAAAUUGUCCGGCAUACCUUUUUUCUUUCUGAACUAUCCCCAGUAUUUAGUCAUUGGAAGAUUCGUUGAGCGUAACACUGCGAAUGUAAUUCCCGUGUAAAGUCAAACGAAUUAGUCUAAUAUAGCUUUCUUACUUCGAAAGUAGGUAACUGUACAUUUUCUCUAAUAAAACGCUAAUGUAAUAUUUUUAAAACAAUAUUUUUCAAUGAUUCCCCGAAAGAAACACAUAACAAAAAAAAAAUAUACAUAUCGAAUUGAGUAACCUCCUCCUUUUUCGAAGUCGGUUAAAAAGAAACGUUCUACUAAGGUAAGUAUCGCACAUUAGAAAAUAUUAAUGCGUAUAUCUCUGCGUAGUGUAAAAUAAAGUCCCUGGUAAGCGUCAGUCUGUUGAAAUUGUAUUCUCAACAGGCAAGUUAAGGUGAUUGAAGUUGACCUAAGCG